CGGCGGCGCUUUACGGUGUCUCGGAGUGUCUGAGACCGGCUGUUGUGAAGCUGCGGAUCGUGCAGCUUCUGUCCACGGGCCGGGCUGUACAUGCUGCACCUUCCCCCGGCCUCUGCGCCUCCCACACCUGCCGCUCGACAUGGACUAUGACUUCAAGGUGAAGCUGACAGGGGAGAGGGAGCGAGUGGAGGACCUGUUUGAGUACGAGGGCUGCAAAGUUGGCAGAGGCACCUACGGGCAUGUGUACAAAGCCAAGAGGAAAGAUGGGUGAGUGAGGGCCCCACACAAAGGCUCCCGGGGGCCCCGAACCCGGCCUUCCCUCAUUGUAUCAGGCCCAGCUGUCUGGGGGGAUCCUGUCACAUGUACCAAGAUCUGGGGCAGGACCGAGCAGGGUGUCACAGGCAGCACAAUGUACCGAGCAGGGAGUCACAGGCAGCACAGUGUACCGAGCAGGGAGUCACAGGCAGCACAAUGCAGGGAGUCACAGGCAGCACAGUGUACAGAGCAGGGAGUCACAGGCAGCACAGUGUACCGAGCAGGGAGUCACAGGCAGCACAAUGCAGGGAGUCACAGGCAGCACAAUGCAGGGAGUCACAGGCAGCACAAUGCAGGGAGUCACAGGCAGCACAAAUGCAGGGAGUCACAGGCAAGCACAAUGCAGGGGAGUCACAGGCACAAGGCAGGGCGUCGCAGGGAGCACAAGGCAGGGAGUCGCAGGCAGCACAAUGCAGGGAGUCACAGGCAGCACAAUGCAGGGAGUCACAGGCAGCACAAUGCAGGGAGUCACAGGCAGCACAAUGCAGGGAGUCACAGGCAGCACAAUGUACCGAGCAGGGUGUCACAGGCAGCACAAUGUACCGAGCAGGGUGUCACAGGCAGCACAAUGUACCGAGCAGGGUGUCACAGGCAGCACAAUGUACCGAGCAGGGAGUCACAGGCAGGGAUAUGUGACUGCCAGUAAAAUGUACAGAGCAGGGUGUCACAGGCAGGGAUAUGUGACUGCCAGCAAAAUGUACAGAGCAGGGAGUCAAAUGUAUAAAAUGUAUAGAACAGGGUUUAAUAGGGAGCAGGGAGUCAGUCAUACAGGGUUAUUUACUAAAGAGACUUUAAAGUGAAAUUGAAAUGAAAUGACAAAACUGCAGAAUUGGUAAGUCGGGUGCGCUCUGGUGAAUAACCCUAAUGAAAUAUGUAUGAGCCUGUGAAAUGUAGAAAGCAAGGUGUAUACAGAGCUCAGUCUCUUACGGGGUAGAGCAGGGAUUUUAUAUAUGGCUAGAUCUUAGACGGGGAGAACAGGAUUUAAUAUAGAGCAAGCUCAUAGAGGGGUAUUGCUGGGUUUAAUAUAGAGCAAGCUCAUAGAGGGGUAUAGCUGGAUUUCAUGUAGAGCAAGCUCAUAGAGGGCUAUAGCUGGAUUUCAUGUAGAGCAAGCUCAUAGAGGGGUAUAGCUGGAUUUCAUGUAGAGCAAGCUCAUAGAGGGGUAUAGCUGGGUUUCAUGUAGAGCAAGCUCAUAGAGGGGUAUAGCUGGGUUUCAUGUAGAGCAAGCUCAUAGAGGGGUAUAGCUGGGAUUCAUGUAGAGCAAGUUCAUAGAGCGGUAUAGCUGGGUUUAAUAUAAAGCAAGAUCAUCGAGGGGUAGAAAAGGGUUUAAUAUAGAGCAAGAUCAUAGAGGGGUAUUGCUGGGUUUAAUAUAGAGCAAGCUCAUAGAAGGGUAUAGCUGGGUUUCAUGUAGAGCAAGCUCAUAGAGGGGUAUAGCUGGGUUUCAUGUAGAGCAAGCUCAUAGAGGGGUAUAGCUGGGAUUCAUGUAGAGCAAGUUCAUAGAGCGGUAUAGCUGGGUUUAAUAUAAAGCAAGAUCAUCGAGGGGUAGAAAAGGGUUUAAUAUAGAGCAAGAUCAUAGAGGGGUAUUGCUGGGUUUAAUAUAGAGCAAGCUCAUAGAAGGGUAUAGCUGGGUUUCAUGUAGAGCAAGCUCAUAGAGGGGUAUAGCUGGGUUUCAUGUAGAGCAAGCUCAUAGAGGGGUAUAGCUGGGAUUCAUGUAGAGCAAGUUCAUAGAGCGGUAUAGCUGGGUUUAAUAUAAAGCAAGAUCAUCGAGGGGUAGAAAAGGGUUUAAUAUAGAGCAAGAUCAUAGAGGGGUGUAGCUAGGUUUAAAAUGGAGCAAGAUGAUAGAGGGGUAUAGCCGGGUUCAAUAUAGGGCUAGAUCAUCUAUGGGUAGAGCAGGUUUUAAGAAAAAAGCAAAAUCAUGGGUAGAGCAAGGUGUAAUCCUGAGCUGUAUCUCAGAGAGUUAGAGCGGGGUGUAACUUGCUGACCAGGGUGUAAUAACGAUAUGGAUAUUGAAGAAUUAUUUAUAUUCUCUCACCACCAAUAACUCUAUGGUAUGAGGCGUUUUAUGUUUGUUUAUUUUUGUGUUGCUGUAAUCCAAAAUGUUUUCUCAUGAAAUUACUAUUUUGAAAUUAUUGGGCUUGCAUUUCCUGAUGGGGUGGUGUCUACUUGGCAGGGCAGCAGUGGACGUUUUUGUAACGAACAAGAUAAAUAUCAGAACGAUUAAUGAUAACAUGCUAGAGAGGUACCAGAGUGAUACCCUUAUGCUAUGUCUUUGUUAACUCUGAUAGGAAUGGGUCAUUUUAAAAACAAAUUAUUUAUUUUUUCUACGUGUGGUGUCUCUUUGUCAGACUUGGAGAUAAGAAAGAGAGAAAAAUAGAGGGUCUUUCUCUGACAGUGAAGGUGUUAAAUGUUAGGAGAAUCAGCUCUCUUGCAAGGAUAGGGUUAAUGUCCCAGCUAUGGGUUCAUUAUGGCCGAAGAAAGGGUUUAAGUGUCAGUGACCCUGCUCAUGCAGACAUUAAAGGUUAGAAUGUAAAAGGGAAUGGAUUAUUUUUAUAUCAUUGUCAAUGACUUGCACUGUGAUGAUGAAAUUGGGUUUAUCGAGUGUGUGAUUUUUGCAUUUGAAAUAUUGAUGAAGUUGCAAAAUGUUGUAGUAUUUUAUAAUAAAUCUUUUGAUGCCAGACUGGGUUUGACUGUAUAAUUUCAAGCUGACAUUUUUAGGUUAGAAUGCUUGUGGUUGUUAUUCGUGGUUUUACCAUUCAUGACAUAUGCUAAUUUCUAAUUAUCUUGCAACAUGAACAGUUUGUUUACUUUUCUAUUAGCUGUGCGAUUUGUAGCCACACAUAGCUUUUAUAACUGAGAUUUGUUUGUUUAUAGACUUGGACCAGAUCAGGUAAAGUGUUUCUGACUCUGUGCUACAUUGGGUGGGUGGUCUUCUCCCAUUUUAUCCAAGCUUUCUUAUAACCGUUCUAUAAAGUAACCUGUUGAAUCAGCUCUGAUCUCUUCUUUGCUGUGCAAUCGUUCCUUCCCAGUAUGACUGAACACAAGUUUUAAAAUUGUGUUUUUGAGGAAGUGUUAGUUGGAUUGUGGCAUGUUUUCCGACCCUGGAAUAGCUCCUCACUAGUACCGCUGUGUAGUAUAAUUAGUUUUUAGUAAUGACAUUCACUAACACCCAGUCUAAUCUCCGUCUCAUUGUAUAUCUCUCUCCUUUAUAUUUUUUAAAAUAUGUGGAACAAUUUAUGGUAUUUCCAAACUUCUGUUUUCCAUGGCGGUUGGAAAAUAUUUAUACUUUUAAAAUAUUUGUAUACGUGGCCACUAAGUAAGGGUCGUAUAUAUGUAUUCAAAAACAUUGCUGUUUACAUAACUUGUUUUCAUAAUUUAAAAUAAAAAGUUUGCUUUUCAUUGCACCAACUUUGAUCUUUCACAAAAUGACAAUGCAUUUUGGAUUAUUUAUAAAGAGCAAUUCAAAGGAAAAGGUUCUACAGUCAUGUUAAAUGAUGUCUGCCAUGAGCACACUCAAACACUCUUUAAGUAAAGAAAGUAAUAGCAGCUAGACACACCGGUUCGGUUGGGGUGCAUUUUGAUGAGACCUACUCAUCAGGAAGCAGGAUUAAGAGCAAUGCUUAGCCAUUAACAGCUGCCAGACUGGGUCAACAGGACAUCUCAGACUGGAGUUGGCACACUUUUCCUUUUGAACAUAUUUUGAAAAUAAUGCAUUCAAAAUGUGAAGAAAAUUUCUAAAAGGGAAUGGAAAAAUAAGCUUUCAUCUUUGACUAUCCUAUUUUUGUGCAUUAUUAUCAGGAGUGCGGUGGAGUAACCCUAUCUGGCAUUCUCUUGCCGUCAGCACCUUUUUUAAGGUUACUCUUGCAAACAGUAAGUGUGCGCUAGUGCCGUCACAUAGGUAAAAAUAACAGUCAUGGGGUUGUCUGAAAUAUAUUGUCUUUUAGCCUCCAUAUGUUGUCCUUUUUGGAUAGGAGAGCUGCAUGGUUAGGAAUCUGGAGGUGAUACAUGACUGUGUGUAGGUUUAAUGGGCAGUCAUGCUAGAGAUUGAAGAUUUUGUGAAACAUGCGGUUUCCAGGGAUACACUGGAGGCCAAAUGUUAAAGAAAAUAUUUUGCUGAAUUGCAUGGCACCAGUUACCAAGAUUUAAUCAGUUUAUCUUUCCUGCAAUUACGAGGCUGCCAGGUGAAAGCUGACAGGGAAGGAUUUGAUGUUUUCGAAGGGCGAAUUUGACCAAUUUUCUUUAUCCUGUUUUUUCUUAUCUCCUUUCCUUUUUUGCUUGGGGAUUACUUCCCUUAUAUCUAUUUCCCUGAUUAGAAGGAAGGUUCUUUAAAUCUAAUCGAUCUUUCCAAGAGCCAAACUACUAAUAUGGCUUGUUGGAGCUGAUAUUCAUGCAGAUUAUAGUUUUUUUUUGUUUUUUUUUAAGGCAUCACUUUUCAUGUGUAGCACACUGGUUUCAGUUCCCUUUCACAGGUUUAAUGAUGCACCUUCAGUUCUGAGAUUUUUCUCCCGCAGCAGCCCGGUUGAUUAGGAUAUCCUAAUUGGGUUCCUUCCUUUUUAGAUCUUUGUAUAUUAAAAGUAUUUGCAGGUUAUAACUUAUAGGGCAUCUCUUUUCUGUGAAACACGCCUAAAUCCCUUUCUUUUCCACAGUUUUGAAGAAGCACUUUUUGAUUCUGUGGGAGUUUUCUCCCUCACCUGCCCAAUUAAUUAAUCCUCUUUUUACAGAAGGUAUUCGUAUAAUAUCUCAAACUCCCAUUCGGGGGCUAAUUUAUACAUUAAACAGCAGUAUAAAUGAAAUUAAUAAACUUGUAUGCGUUCCAGGUUAUAUGUGCAAUGCACCAGUAACCAUUGUAUGUUGGAAAUCUGCACCUUUUUAGAUUAAUCCAUAGAUGUACUCUGUUUUGGGUAAUACUAGUGAGGGAUUGUAGUUACUCACAACUCCUUUUAUGCUUCUUAUUGGAUGCGAGUAACAGCUCCAAUAUCGGCUCCAGAUUUUCCUGCCUUUCCUCUUUAGGUUACCGAUUGCCGUUUUCGUCUCCUGGCUCCACAUGUUGUUUCUAGAUUACAGUUUAGUUCCAAAACUCUUCCCACGUUCACCUAUGCAUCAUGUGUGCUUGGUGAGAUAAAUUGGUACUCCCCAGCCAUCUAACGUUUUUGCCGAAUUGACAGCGUUUUAUUUUGGCGUCGUGCAGCUUGUGGAUCGUGGCUCCCGUUCUCCAGCUUUCACCCGUGACGCUGGUUAUUUGUAAUGCAACAGUUUGUCAUUCUGUUGGACACAUUUAAAAGGACACUAUAGUCACCAAAACAACUUUAGCUUAAUGUAGCGGUUUUGGUGUAUAGAUCGUACUGCUGCUGUCUCGCUGCUCAAUUCUCUUCCAUUUAGGAGUUAAAAGCGGCACUUUUACAGUCUGGGGACUUUGCAGAAUUCUCAAAGACCCCUGACAAGUGAUAUUGCUGCUGACAAAUCAAUAAAGUGAUAGAGAUACAGUAAAGAAAGUGUGUGUGACAGCUGAAACAGCCGAAAAACCACCUAAGUGGGAACCCCUUAUACCACUUAAAAACAAUACAAUGAAUACAUACAAUAGGUGGUACACACAUCCAACGUUUCUAAAGAAGGAAACAAAAUAUCAUAGUAUAAUAUUGUCAAACAGAACUGUAAUGAAUAAUGAUAAAGCAAUACUACUCACAAGCCCAGAGCCAAUAUGACAUAUGGCUCUAAUGUGUAGCGCACUGGGACUUUUAAACAGGUGUCCCCAUCCUUCUUCUUAGGCUUUCUUGUAUAGUGUGCUGAAGCAGAUAAUAAUAUUCCAAAAAUGUAUUUCCAAAGGGAACUUUAUUCACAAAAUUAAAUAUAAUAAAAAUAGAGAGAAAUGUUUUCUCAAUAAAAAAGUCUGUAAUAGACUAAUAUGUCCAAAUGAAAAGUCUAAUAGACAGACUGUAUGUCCAAAACGCGUUUCGCCCUAUGGUAGGGGCUUCCUCAGUUGGUAUCAGUCGAUAUCUUUGUUUUAAAUAUUUUUAUUGGUAUCAUGUCAUAAGCGUGGUUUACGAUUGUAUUUAAACAUUACAGUCUGUUGCCUGCGCAGAGGCGUGUUUCUCGUUGCGGUGAUCGGAACAAUCAGUUGCCUGCGCAGAGGCGUUUUUUCAUUGCAUCUAACAUAACGUUUAGUUGCCUGCGCAGAGGCUUGUGUCACUGUGUAUAUAUCCUAGCGUUUCGUUGCCUGCGCAGAGGCUCGUUUCACAUUGCAGCAGAUGUGUCGUUUAGGUGCCUGCGCAGAGGCGGUUCGAGUAUUUUACUUUUAACUAUAUAAUGUAAUAUAAUUAUUAGCUAUCAUAGUGUGCGUGCUGUGUAUGGUCUGGCUGGUGUGUGUGUUGUUUGAUGAGUGUGGUGCGUAUUCUGAUUGUUUUAGGACUUGUCACAUGUUGCAGCGCUUUUUUAUCGCAUCUAUAGUGGAGUUUGCCUGCGCCGCGUGCGCUCAACCCGUUCCUAGGGCUGUGUGUGUUGAGGUAUUGAGCUGGUAUGUGUUGUGGGUGCUUAUUGCGUCUCGGGCUACUGGACUGCUGUCACUUAGUCGGUGUCUUUCCCACAUGUCUCAUUUGUGGCCCCUGCUGUCUCGUCCUAUUUUCCUGCUUGUUGUCGUGUGUUGUGCCAGGUCUGUUGCGGUCUCAUGGGCAGCACAGCUUUCGAGUGGGGGUAUCAGUCGAUAUCUUUGGAUGGAGGCUUUCUCGGCGUCUUUAUGGUAGAGGUUUUGCUCUACUUCCUAAUUUUGGCGGUUUCGUCCGUGCGUGGAACGCAUAUGCGUUCCACCUGCGUCACUUCCGGUCCUUGUCCGUCCGUGAGUGGAACGCACAUGCGUUCCACUUGCGUCGCUUCCGGUCUUUGUUCAUUGAGCAUGCUGGGAGCGUUGUUUGUCACUUCCGGUUCCUGUUAGUCGAACUCUUUGGGAACACUGCUGGAACGCACAGUUCCUGGUCUGUGCGUUCCACUGCAUAUCCAGCAACAAACAGUCCUCAAUGCAAGCCUCCAUAUACAUACCACAUUAAAUAAAAGUGUUCACCAUUAUUUCAAGAAUGCAAAAUGUAAAAAAGAAACAAAGAAAUAUAUAUACAGCACCAAAAGGCAUACAGCUUUAGAUGUAAUCGUAACUUAAGUGCUUAAGGUGCCACAAGUUAUUUAACAGUAUAUGUGUGUAAAAUGUGAUGUAUAAAAGACCUAGAAGAUAUCAUCAAUUAAUAAAACAUAUAAAAUAUAUAAAAGGACAAUGCUAAUAAAAUUCCUAUAUAAAAUGACAUAUCUCAAAAUCUGAGUUAAGACCAUAUGGAAUCAGGGUAUUCAAAUUGAAAAUAAAUUUCAUCUCCUCUGCACCUAUUUUUUUAAUAUAGUCUCCACCUCUCCAAUCUUUUCUAACUAUUUUUAAUGGACAGAAGAAAAGAUGCUCUGGAUUAGAAUUGUGAUGACUUUUAAAAUGAUUGGAGACACUGUGGGUUUCUAGGCCUUUUUUAAUAUUCCUGACAUGUUCGGAUAUCCGAACAUUCAGAUUCCUAAUAGUUCUACCUAUGUACAAUAAAUUACAAGGGCAUUUCAAUAAAUAAAUAACACCUUUUUGGAACAGAGCUAAGUAAAGGUAAAAAAUUACUUACCUGUUCCUUGUGCACGGCCAUCUUGAUAUGGAAGAUCCUCUUUGGAGUCGACGUCACUGCUGUACUCUCGCAUAUGCAUGAGAGUACAGCACUGAGGGAUGUGGAGGAUUCUGCAAGACCCUCCAUAGACUGAGUCAAUUCCCUGCAUUCCCUGCAGCCGUCACUGGAGAAAACCAGUAGCCCCUACUUUGUCUCUGUAUAUUGCUUGACUUGGUUGGAAUUUCAUUAAAAUUCCAACACACUCAAAAUUAAUAUCUCAUCAAGAUUCUGGCUUUAUGAAAUACAAUUUUUUUGUGCGGAGGUGGGUUGCAGUGCCGCAUUAAAUCACAUUUGUUUUUGCAGCCCUAGUCAACUUUCCUGCAUAAGACUUUCACAGCCCUCCUAAACAAUUCCUGUAAAGUGAGAUCUAAUGUUUAAAAUUUCUUUAUUGCACAGUCUGUUUAAAGGACCACUAUAGCUUAAGGAAGUGGUCUGGGUGCCAGGUCCAUCUAGGUUUAACCUUUUAAUAUAGAAUUUCUUAUUUCCUGAACUUUUAAUAGCUUGCUAGACCUUGCAGGAGGUGUGUGUUUGUGUUUUAAAGUUCGAUUUACAAAACAAAGAAAGAAGCUUCUAAAAUAAGCUAACAUCUGAUUUAAAAAUAAAGCAUUUUUUCAUGCAGACUGUGUCAGUCACAGCCAGGGGAGGUGUGGCUAGGGCUGCUUGGACAGAAACACAAGUGAUUUAACUACUAAAUGGCAGAGAACUGAGCAGUGAGGCUGCACUUAUUUAGCAUAAAUAAAAUAUUUGAAACCUAUAGUAGUCCACCUUCAUUUUCUUAUAAAUGUGUUUGCAAACAGUAUAGCUAAACUACCACAAAUUAGAUGCAUGUUUAGCAGUACUGACUUUUAGUGUACCUCUGCACUUUAAUUUUCUCCAUCCUAAAUAAAGUGCUCUUUAAUGCACGUAUGACAUGGUAUAUUUUAUAUUUAUUCACAGUUUCAUGCAGCAGCUUUUAAAAUAUUCCCAACUUUGGGUGGCAAUGAUAAGCUAAGAGCCCAGGGCUAACCCGCCCUUCCUAUUCUCAGCCAAAAUUUGACAGGCUAAUGCAAACCAUCACUGCGACAGUAGAGGAGCCAUUUCUUUUUAUCCAAUCACUGAAAUUACCUCACACAAAACAGUCAACAUUGCUCAGACUUUUUUCCACUUAACCAGUACAAUGAGCAGAAAUUAUUAUGGUGCUUAAAUUGUUACUUCCCCUUUAUAUAAAAAAAAAAUGAAAAUUAUGCUCGAGUCCAAAGUAGUUUCAGUAAGAAUGUUCCAUCCUUGACUUGUAGGCUAAAUCUUUUGCAAGAAUGCUUGUUAGACUAAAUAUUGACACUUUAUGUAAUAUCAGUGUGUGAACCGAUCCUAUCUGAAACCGCUUAAAAAUACAACUCUGUAGCUAACUAAAUCUUCACUGUGGAUUGUAGUAUUUAUUUUUUUGUUUUGCAAUAGUUAUCAUAAUUUUUUUUAAUUUUUUUUUAUGUAUGUCAUAUGAUGCUGUUACUGCUAUGAGGAUUUAUGCACUCUUAUGACACUACAGCAGAAAUGUUUACACAUGUGUACUUGUAGAGCAGUUUCUAAGCUGAGAACACUUCGGAGCACAUAAACACUUCGGAGCAUUGUUGGACAAUUAUUGGACCGUCCAGCUUUAAAGCUCACAAAAUUGUAUAGUUUUUUUAAAAACUUGAGUUUGCUGGAUUUUGUAUGUUGUAUCAAUGGGUCCCAGCAACACUUCAUCAUGUAUGGGUGAGUAUAGUGUUCAUGGUUUCAUAUAUAAGUUACUCACCACUGAAUUUUCACUCGCUUGUGUUUUAGACCCUGAUUAGGGAUCCAACUGCUGUAUGUCAGUUACUGGUUCAGUAUCCAGUAGGUCCAUAUAAGACCUUUUAACCUUCAAGCCUUUAACAGUUCUGAGAAACUGCUAUGAGUUAAGCCAGCCUCUAUAUUAUGCCUCAAUCAUGCAGAGCUUCCAUGGGAAAGCAUUGAAAAAAUGCUUUCCUACGGACACUUUGAAUGCGCGCGGCAGUGCCGCACAUGCGCAUUCGGUGCCGGUGGCGUCAGACAAGGAUGCUGACGUCAGCGGGGAUGGAGAGGUAAGGGUGCCCGGCGGGGGGAAAGGGGGAGUAGCUGAUGUGGUUUUAACCCCUUCAGCGCCGCAGGAGGGGGACCCUGAGGAUGGGGGCACCCUCAGGGUACUAUAGUGUCCAUUUAAAUUUUUUUUUUUCUAGUGGCUUUCUACCAGACAGCCACUAGAGGCGCUUUUUGCAGUUUCACAGAGUUUGACUUGGUGAAAGAUGCUGGAUCUCACUCUCUGCAUGAGGACAUCCACUGUCACGCAAAACCCUACAGGAAAGCAUUGAUGCAGUGUUUACCUAAUGAGGAAAGCCUUGCCAUGCUUACGCAUUAGUUCCACCCUUUGGCUGACAUAGGACGAAGUGGAGAGUGACACACAGCCGAGGGACCUCGGUGCGAGAAUCAAGUAAGCUUAUACAGGCUUAUUUAACCCUAUGACACAUCAUGGGGUGGGGACUGAAAAGCACGUUGGGGUUGCUUUAAAAAUUUAUUUUAUCCCUUCUAAUGUAGACACCAAAACUUGAAAACUAGAAAAAGCUAAAUUUCUUAUGAUUAAGUAUAAUUUAUCAUAUCAAUUGCACCAUCAGGUUGACACCCACUGUGAUGAUGAUUCAAACAUUCUUUCACUCAAUACUAAAUCAUUACAUUUAGAGUUUGGAAAACAGUGCUUUAGAAAUGAUAAUGCGAUUUCAUAAAUGGCUGGAUAUAAAAGUCUUGGUCUAGUGAUUUUGAAGGACGUUCAGCAGUAAUUUUCAGGUUGAAUGUUUGUGUUGAUUUUGAAUAAGAUCAUAUUGCUGUGUAUCUCAAGUGUCAGGAAUCCUGAGCUUUGCAUGGAACAUCUGCUAUGAAUCCUCUUAGAUUAGGUAAACGUUGUAUUUGGGAAUAACAUUUAAAUGGCCUGUACAGAGGUGGACAAAAUAACAGAAACCUAUAUAAUGAAGUACAUUGUGAAAUAAGUAAACCAUGACUGUACGUUUGGUUUACACAGAUGGCUUGGGUUGUCUUAGGGGUGAGCUGUGGCCUCUGGUAUCGCUAGAACUGGUCUUCAUUGUACACUGUAGUGUUUAUGGUGCCAGGAGUCCCCUGGCCAUGUCUCAUGGUAAGCAUUAAAACCAUUUUAAAAAUAUUUAAGACAUUCUUGCGUCCCCCAGACACCUCAGCCAGCAAGUUCUGCAAGGAAUAAAUUAAUAAAUAUAAUGUGGUUGGAAAGUGGUUCAACAAUAUCAUAGCUAUUGUGCUGCAUGGACUCCUACCCACCUCACCCCACCCCCUAUAUGAUUGACAUGUCACAUAAUAAAUAUAUAUAUAUAUAUAUAUAUAUAUAUAUAGUGUUCUUUUAUACAAGACAAAAAAGUUAAUGUUUGCUCGGGCAAUGUUAAAUGGACAAGUAUGUUUGCAGAUAUAUGGUUACUCUUACCGAGUCAAAUGAAGAGGAAGUAAGGGGGAAGCCUUUCAAUGUUUGUCCCCUGUGUUGAUGUAACAGAGUUGCUGUGGUAACUGUUGGUGAUCCGGUUGCCUGCACCAAGUAACAUGAUGCGCAUCCCUAAACAUACAUACUUUGUGAUUUCCAGAGAAGCCAACAUUAUUUUACCAAAAUGUACUCCACUGUUAGAGAAGGCUGUGAGUAGCGUGAGAGUUGUAGUAAGCUAUUCCAAUGAAGGUGAUAGAACAAGUAUUUAAUUUUUUUUAGUUCUUUAUUUAGGAAUUGAGCAAGUAGGCAAUGCAAGCAGGAAGAUGGAACCAAAAUGCCAGUUGCUCAUUUUACAUUCCAAUAAGUGGGUGUCCACAGCGGUGAUCAUAUUAUGAGAAAAAGUGCAUUCAUGACUACAUCUAGGAAAUGUAUUCUGACCAUAUCUUUCAAAAUGGUAGAGGUAUAUUCUAAUUCAAAGUGUUCAAUUAAAUGGUUAUCUUGAAUUUGGGUUCUAACCUCCCUCAUAGGUGGAACAGAUGUGACCAGUGUUAUUAUGGUGCUAAUGUUAUUUUAUUCAAAAGUUUUGAGCUCUUCUUGGAAAGCCCUCUAGAGCGCAUGAUCGCAGCAGUCUCAAAGGAUGUAAGGUGAAUGACCUCUGGAAAACAGAUGCCGACGGGUCCCCUACCUCUUUCUAAAACGGCACUACUACCGGACGUGCCCACCACAAGUGCAAAUAGGUUCCACUGUGGCACAUAGCCGCCAACAGGUAUCAGUGGGAGUCUUACCCAUGUGGAAGAGUUGUGCUGGAGCGGUGUGCCUUUUAAAUAGGAUUUUUAUAUGUUUGUUCCUGGAAGAUGACCUAAAUGGAAACCCUAGCUGCUGCCUCCUAGAUAUUCUCCCAUGAGUCACCCUCCAGCACCUCUCCUAGGUCCUGUUCCCACUGAGUUCUAUAGCGUAAAGAUCCCCAUAUUAUGGAGUCAAAACAGAUGGAACUGUAUAUGAGAGAGAAAAGUAUUUUCUGAGACUUCCCUUUAAUACAGAGAUUUUUGUAAAAAGGUAUGUGGGAUUAGCUGCCUUUUUAACUUUGUAAUUUUUUGCGAAAUCUCCUAUCUGUACAUAUCUAAAGUGAUCCUUACAGCGUAAAAGAGAGAGAAACCCUCCAUAGGUGCAUAUGUUGCUGAAUGCCAGCCUCAUCCAGAUUUUUAAACUCUCUAGGGCGCGUAACUGGAGCAAAAUCCCUGUUUCUAAGCACCUGAGAAACGGGAGAGGGAUUAGAAGUUAGGUAAAAAAAAAUUGUCUAAUACGAUCCCAUAUUAAGAGAUGUAAUAAUGGCUGGACGGGUGGUACGUAGAAGAGACCCUGGAUAUCUCUCCACCCGCAUUUAAAACAUAGGCAAGUGUGAACCCAUAUUGUAUUCCACGUCCAUCCAGUCUUUUCUCCUGGCGAUGUGUGCCAUGAUUACUGUGCCAGCUGGGCAGCAUAGUAACAUUAACAGUUGAGGCAAUCCCAGCCCUCCUCUCAUUUUAGGACUGCACAGUAUGGGUCUAGUCACUCUUUGCCUAUUGUUAUUCCUAAUAUAGGAGGAUAUAGAUCUGUAUCCCCUCUAUGUCCCAUUUCAUGAUGUAGAUCGAUGGGGCUUGAAACAUAAAACGUGAUCUGGAAUCACCCAAAAUAUUUAUUUUUAACUAUUAAUCAAAGUUUAUACAUCAAUUAAGGUGAAAAAACUAAACCUUUCAUUCACUGCUGUUUGGAAAGGGCAUUAAUGAUUUUUUUUUGUUUUAUUGUCACAGAAUUUUGUAUUUUUAUUUUCACUGUGUUGAUAAAAUCUCUUUUUUUUUUUUUUAUUUAUUUUUUUUUUCAUAGCAUCUGGCUUGUAUAAGAAUUUUUUUUUUUCCUAGAACAAGCAAAAGAUUUGCUAUCUCUGACCAUACUGUUGGCUUUGAAGCUGCAUGUGCUUAUUACACGUGAGAUAACUAUCUUACAAUGUAAUAAAAUUGCUGGUAAUCCAUAGACCAUGCAGUUUGCAUUUAUUAGAAUAAGCAGAAUUCCGGAAGAAAAGUAGAAAGAACUCUGCAUAAUUAUAUUGAGAAAUCAGCAAUGGGACACUAUAGUCACCAGUGCAACUACAGCUUAAAGGAACACUAUAGUCACCUAAAUUACUUUAGCUAAAUAAAGCAGUUUUAGUGUAUAGAUCAUUCCCCUGCAAUUUCACUGCUCAAUUCACUGUCAUUUAGGAGUUAAAUCACUUUGUUUCUGUUUAUGCAGCCCUAGCCACACCUCCCCUGGCUAUGAUUGACAGAGCCUGCAUUAAAAAAAACAAAAAAAACUGGUUUCACUUUAAAACAGAUGUAACUUACCUUAAAUAAUUGUAUCUCAAUCUCUAAAUUGAACUUUAAUCACAUACAGGAGGCUCUUGCAGGGUCUUGCAAGCUAUUAACAUAGCAGGGGAUAAGGAGUAUACAGCUGAGGCUCUUCGCAGGGUCAGUAGCACAGCAUCCAUGUUGAAGCUGCCUUCAACAUGGAUGCUGUCCAGGAGGUGGGAGGUCUGGGAGGGAGGGUCUGCUGGAGAUUGGCCGGGAUGUGUCAGCUGACCGGAGCUCGCCGCGAACGGUUCGUGGCGAGCCGUUCGCGGGAAGUUCGCGAACGGUUCGCGACAUCACUAAUCUUAAUUAAACAGAAAUUGCAAUAAAGAAAGCCUAAAUAGGGCUCUUCACAGGAAGUGUUUAGGCUGUGCAAGUCACAUGCAGGGAGGUGUGACUAGGGUUCAUAAACAAAGGGAUUUAACUCCUAAACGGCAGAGGGUUGAGCAGUGAGGCUGCAGGGGCAUCUUCUAUACACCAAAACUGCUUCAUUAAGCUAAAGUUGUUCAGGUGACUAUAGUGUCCCUUUAAUGUAGUUGUUCUGGUGAGUAUAGUCAUUAUGUGAAGGCAUUUUCAUGCCAUCCGUGUCUUUUCAGAGAAAAGGCAGUGUUUACAUUUCCCGUAGGAACACUUCCAAGUGGCCACUCCUCAAAUGGUCACUGGAGGUGCUUCCUGGAAAAGCAUUGGAUUGGCUAAAAAUCGGCAAUUCUGAUGUCACCAAGGGGGCGGGGCUGAAUAUAAGAUGAGUUUUAACCCAUUUUGAUGAGGCGAAGAGGGGAGGGGUGGGAUGUCUUUGCAUCCAAGGAUCAUCAUUCAUUGAUCAAAAACUGUUUACCACUGUACGGUUGGAUGAUUUUUCUGGACUCUGCGUACCAUAACUAUUUCAGUAGAUGACGUACACUACUUAAAGGUUCGCUUUAAUCAAUGACACUACAUUUAGCUGUUUUAUUCAGGGCGGGGAGGCAAACACAUGGAAAGGGACAGAAAGGGUUAAAGGCAAAUUGGUCUAGGUGCAGUGUCCCUGAUCCCUUUAUCCAACAAUGUAAAACAUAGCUAUUCCUUUAACAGCUGAUCAGGAAGUGAAGAUGGAAAAGUUGUGGUUAGUAUGCAAACAAUUUGAAAAAGGGGGAAAUGGAGAAAAAAAACAAAAAACACUAAAAAGAAAAUGCAACAUAGCUGUGAAAAAGGUGUUGAUUUAUUUAUUGCCAGUCAGAUAUAGAUAUAUAUAAUAAUAUGUGUGUGUAUAUGUUUUUUUUUGUUUUGUUUUUUUUGUUUUUUCUUCUCUCAAAGCCUUGUGGGCUUACUAUAUUGGUAUGCUCCUGUGGUGAAUUUCAGUGCUGAUCAAGCACUUUGCUUACAGUCUCGGCACCUGUUUUAGAGACAUCCUAACUGGAUAACCUUCUGCCACGUCACAUUUAGCACCUACUAACAUUUGUAGGCUGUGUGCAGAAAUCCAAUCCAAUAUCCGGUUCAGCUGCAACCGACAAAUCCAGUAAUUGGAAUGAAUGCAAUAUGAUUACACCUGUGAGGUCACUUUGGCAACACUUGCUCUGAAGCUCCUAUAACAAGUGCAUUUAUCCGGUACCCUGAUAAAAUCAGUCUGAUAUCCAGGGUUUUUUUGUUUUGUUUUUUUCCACUAAACAGACUUUAUUGAACUGAAAUCCGAGUUGUUUUAGGCACCAAUAACUGAUACAGAAAAAUUUUCAAUUCUGCCAUAGACACAACUUGGGAGUUUUAGACUAAGUUUUGCCAUUCUGUUUUCUUCUCUUUACAAAUGAUAGAACCUGCUUUUAUUCUCCUAAUGUUUGCAGAUUCAGGAGUUCGAAGGUCUUGGUUAGUACAGUGUUGCAUAGUCACUUUCAAAAAAAUUAUUACCAUUCAGCUAAAAUCCUCUUGCAAACUAAGAAUAGUAUUUGAGACAUUGCCUUUGAGCUAUUGUGGCUGCCAUAUAUCCUGAGCGGCACUAUCUCUUCUUGUAGCUAGAUCCCCAAGAGCCAUGCAUGUGUUCUCAUGAAUUAUAACCUGUGAAUUUCACUGCAUAUUAAUGCUCAUCAGCCCUUUUAAGAACUGUAUCUGAACACCAACAUUGUUGUUUUUUUUGCCUUGUUCUCUGCAUCUUUAAUAUGCUUUUAAAUAAGCACUACUGCAUGUACCAUGUUUUACUUGCUUUUUGUGCCUACAUUGUAUUUUUGCUUUUUAUUUUAGUUUGUGUACAUAAAAUAUGGUUGCCAAAUAUUUAACCUGGAUAUGAAUUAACAAAGGACAGCGUUGUCCAAAAUAUUUGACUUUGAAGUGCUCCUCAUUCUUCCAAUAAAAACAAAAAUCCAUGUUUUAUAAGAAGCACAGAAAAAUCCACCAAUAUUAUUAUUUAUGAAAAAUUUAAAUCAGAAACUCACAUGAAGGUCAGAAUAUGGGUGGAGGCGUAGGCACCGUGGGUAUGUAAACACGAACACCAAAUAAAAACAGGGGAGCAUUGCGCCUCGUUAUGAUAAGCUUGACUCACCAAGGAGCGACAGAUCUGGAGUUUGAGGUAUAGAUACUGGAUAAUGUAUUCCUAAGGUGUUUAAAUCCAUGAUCCAAAAUCAUAAUGAAUGCAUAUUAGAGCUACGAACAGCUCAUAUGGUACAACUUUCAUUUUCAUCUCCUUUCCCCCACAUAAAAGCAAAUAAAGAGGCAACACGUGAUGUUAUAAAUUAAAAUUAUACCUAACCACGCUGAACUGCACAGUACCAUAUUGAAAUGUCUAUACUGUAGUUGAACUGCUUUCCCUUUUCUUUUUUUCUGUACUCUAUUAACAUGUUAAAAACAAUCAAUAAAAAAAAUAUAUUGAAGCAGAAAAGAAGCACAGAAUUUGCUUUCUUUCCGUGUGUUUUUUUUAUAAAAGGCUUGCCAUAUGGGUACCCAAUAUACCACUAGGGGAAGAUUGUGUGCGGCACAUAGCACUCGCUUGGAGUCUUUCAUUUGCUGUCCAGCUGCAAGUGCUGUUUAUCUCUUUAUAGUUUAUAUAUUGUUUGUUUCUUCUGUUUAUGGCUACAGUCAUUACUAUUCUCCUGAUUUUCGUAAUGGACAAUUAAAAUAAACUUGCCAGCAAAUGCCUAAUUUUUUUUGUAUUUGGGAUGGGGGUGUAAUAUUUAUUAUCCAUUUAUUACAUUAGCGUAAGCAAAAUUAAAUAGUGUCACCACUCUAAUACUGUGUUCGUAGUCCUGUUUUAUUCCUUGAAUUAUAGGAACACUAUACUGUUAGGAGUACAAGCCUGUAUUCCUUUAUUUAUCUGUUUGUUUGUUUAUUCAAUUUUAUGUAAAUGCAAAAAUUGUACAUGAUCACCAUAAAUGACAAUUGCGCUCAGGGAGAUAAACGUCUCCUGGCUCAUACAUUUUUGACAACAAAUGGUAUGCACAUUUUAAAGUCUUGGUCCUUAUUACAACACAUUAUAUUGUUCCAUGGUUUGGCGUUCAAAUGCAUAUUGGAAAAGUUCAAAACAUAACAAUCACAAUAGUAAACUAUUAACUAACAAAAUCAAAAUAACACCAAGGAUAGCUAUAUGGACAUUCGUCUUAAACAUAAGUUCUGAUGCACUUAUCAACAGGGUUUUUGUUGUGGCUGCCGGAGAGAUCUCUUAUGGCUUGGCAAUGUAAAUGGAUGAACAGAGGACCUAUCUGUGAACUGCCCGCUCUCUUUGUAGUGUGCCCUCCAAUUAUAGACACUAUAAAGUUACCCCUUCCCUAAUUUAUUUCCAUUUUGCCCAGAUCUUCUCAAGUAUGUUGAGUUUGCCCAUUAUAUUGAAGACCAUUUGUUUGAAUGUUUUGAUAUUCGAUACCGUCUCUCGUAUUGUUUGGAUUAAUGGGGUUUGUGUGGACUUCCAAAGUUGGGCAAUACCGUUUUUUGCGGCUAUCAGAAUUUGAAUAAUCAAUGGAGUUAUGUGCUGUCGCACUCCAUGGGGAGUUAUAUGUAGUAGGUAGAUUUCUGGUUUCAAGGGCAGUAAGAUCUCCGUGACAUUUUAUAUUACUUGUUGGAUUUGUUUCCAAAACUAGACAAUCUUUUCAGAUUGAAAAAGUAUGUGGCUUAGGGAUCCCUCCCCCUCCUUGUAUCUCCAGCAAACAGGAGGACUGCCUCGGUAUGUAUGUGCUAGACGCUGAGGCUUUAAGUACCAUCUCUGCCAUAACUUGUGUGCUGCCUCUAGGUGCUCAAUGCAAUGUGUGGCUUCUCUAGUCAGCCUCAUUGCUCUGUACCAUUGAGAUGGCUCUCAUUCUCCAUUGAAGUACCUUUCCCAUUGUGCCAUUAAGUGCAGUUUGUCUGGUUUCGCUAUGUGCAACAAUCUUUUAUAACCUACCGAUAAUGGUUUAGCUUUGACAUGUCUGCCCAUACACAUUUUUCCAAAGUUAUGCAUCUGAACACUACCUUAACCGCUUUUAACUUUGUUACAAUAUAUUUUAUCCUUAUAUAAGUGAACAGCUCUGUAUUUGUCAGUCCAUAUUUAUGUUGCAGAUCUGGGAAUUGCAUUACACCGUUUUCUGUCAGCUCAUGUUAAAUUCUCGUUAUUCCUUCCCUCCCCCAUUUCCCUAAAUCCAAAUCCCUUGUAUGGUAUGUCAAGCUAGACAAUGUCGCGGAUGAUGCACAUACGUCACGUCCUAAAAGUUUAGGGAUCCAGGACCUCCACAUUUACAAAGAGACAAGUGUUGUGAAUAGGAGAGCAGUACUGAGAUUUUUAGAUUGGGCGUGUUUCACUCACAUCAGGUCCUCUAUCAGGUUUUGGGGUGAUAUAGACUGUUCCAAUAGGUGCCAUAGUGGUUUAAUGGCCAUUAAUUCCAAGGCCACGGUCUGCGCUAGUAGAAAUGCUACAUAAUAUUUGUAUACGUUUUGGAACCCCUAGACCACCCUCUGUCAUCUUAUAGCUCAUUGUGUGUAAGGAGACCCACCCUCGUGGGUUUAAUUUUCCAAAUGUGUGCAUUGAUGGACUUCUGAUAGGAUGCCAGAAUAAUCGGAAUAGUCCAAAACAGGAACAGUAUUUGAGGUAGAAUACACAUCUUUAGUGAGUUAAUUUUCCCAACCCAUGAAGUGGCUCCCCCAGUCCACCAGCCCAACGUUAUCUGCACCCCUUGCAAAAAUGUACAAUUGUUGUUUUGAUCAUAGUCUGCUUAGAGGCUGACCACUGAAUUCCUAAAUAAUUAAUGGAGUCUUUUUGCCAUUCAAAUAGGUAUGUAUCGAUCGGUUGCCUCUUUAAUUUUUGUUCAAACUGAUAGGCAGGGCUUGUGUUUUUGUGGUGUUUUUUUUUUUUUUUUUUUAAUACAAUAUGACACACUUCCAUAAUCUGUUAAAAAGAUCCAUCGGUUGGGUAAGCAGUAUAAGGAUAUCGUCCGCAAACAGUAUGAGUUUUGGGGGCCUAUCGCCGUAGUCAGGCCUGUGAUCAAAACAUGCUUAUUAUUCUUGUGCGCUAAGGACUCUAGAGGGGAGAGGGACACGGAGUAGAGGAACACUAAAUAUUCUUGAAAACAUAAAAAAACUUGACUGGCAUGUAUAUUUUGUGAAUUUACUACUUCAUAAAAAAGAUUUUGCAAAAAUAAAUAAACCUGUUCAGUUAACAGUAGAUUUGUGUAGUAAUUGAUUCUUUUUUUUUCAAAACGGUAAAGUACAGAAUAUUGGCAAGUUAUCAGCUAUAGGCCCUAAAGUUCACAGUCGAUCCCUAAUAAAAAAUAGAUUUUCUCACCCCUCCUGGGUGGUAUGUUUGUUUAUUCCUCAUUCUCGGGUCCCCUACCAGAGGCCUGGGAGUUUGAGGGUUCUGUACAGUAUCUUAGCUGUUCCUAGAACUGCACUCUUCUGGACAGCAAUCUCAGAUGUCCCAACUGGAAUCUGUUGAAGCCACUUCCCCCAACUUGGGAGUCACAGCCCCGAGUGCUCCUAUCACAACUGGGACUAUUACUGCCUUCACUUUCCACAUCCGUUCUAGUUCUUCUUUCAGUCCUUGUUAUUUGUCUACCAUCUCAUGUUCCUUCUUCCUGAUGUUAUAGUCACUGGGUAUUGCCACAUCCACCAUGACUGCAGUCUUUCGUUCCUUGUCUACCACUACUUGGUUGGCCAGCACUUGCUUGUCUGUCUGGAUCUUGAAGUCCCACAGGAUCUUAGCCCUUUCAUUCUCAACUACCAUUUGUGGUAUCUCCCAUCUGGACUUAGGCAGGUCCAAUCUGUAUUCUGUGCAGAUGUUUCAGUAUACAAUCCCAGCAACUUGGUUGUAUGUCUCCGUGUAUGCUGCUCCUGCUAACAUCUUGCAUCCGGCUACUAAGUACUGGACUGUCGGAGGCCACUUUGCAGAAAUCAUUCCUGGACACGGAGAGAGAACCUAGGCCUGCUUGAAAAAAAUAAAAUAAAUAUAUAUCUCUUACAUUGCAUAUAUUUGUCUUUGACAAACAAAUAAUUGACUAGAGGAAAGUUGACUUAACCUAUAUACUCGAGUAUAAGUCGACCCAAAUAUAAGUAGAGACCCCUAAUUUUACCCCCCAAAAACUGGGAAAACUUAUUGACUCAAGUAUAAGACUAGGGUGGGAAAUGCAGCAGCUACUGGUAAAUUUCUAAAUAAAAUUAUAUCCCCCCAAAAUUAUAUUAAUUGAAUAUUUAUUUACAGUGUGUGUAUAUAAUGAAUGCAGUGUGUGUGUGUAUGAGUGCAGUGUGUGUGAUGCAGAGCCUUUGUGGGGGGUGGGCAUUUUUAUUAUUUUUUUAAAAUUAUUCUUAUUUUAUUUUUUUAUAUUAAUAUUUUAUUAUUUAAAUUUUUAUUUAUUUUUAUUCGUCCCCACCCCCACCCCCUGCUUGUUAGCUGGCCAGGGAGGGGGGCUCUCAUUCCCUGAUGGUCCAGUGGAUGGGCUGUGUAGGAGGGGGGCUGGCGGGGAGCUGCAACUUACCUUUCCUGCAGCUCCUGUCAGCUCCCUUCUCUCUCCUCCGGUCUGGUCAGCUCCCCUUGUCAGCUCCAUUGUAAUGAGCCCGGCGGUCCUUGUCUGUAUUAUGGCAAUGUAAGUUGCCAUAAUACAGACAUUGAGUCGAGUAGGGGUUUUUCAGCACACAAAAUGUGCUGAAAAACUCGACUUAUACUCGAGUAUAUACGGUAUUUCUCUUAGGUAAUAGGACAUGACUACUCCGGUGCUCCUGUACACUAUGUAAAGUUUGCCACUACAAUAUUUUAAAAGAAAUUUCAUAUUCUGCUUAUAACAGGAGAUUCUGACACCGUAAAUAGUUUUACCAUUCCUAAUCUUCUGAAUAGUACAAUGUUUUAGUUAGGUUAGUUAGUCCGUUAAGCUGGUGAAAUAUUCUAGAAACACUCUAAACACCAUAACAAUUUCAUCACAAUUAAACUGUUAUGGUGCCAGGAUCUCCUUGUGCUGUCUUGCCUUAAUGGAAUAAGCAGUUGGUGAACAAUUUAACCCUAAAGUUGUGAGGAUGCUGUCCGCUCUCCCAACUGGCUUCUGGUAAUGUUUGACUCCUCAGAGAAGCAAAGCACUUGCUUCCCAUUCAUGAAACCGUCUGAGAAAGACUGGUAUUUCUUACAUUAGAACUACUUCUUGAUUAAUCUGCAUGUUCACUGCUUCCCUAUUUUCUGCUUAUUUUAGGGGGUGGGAUAGCUUUUAAUCACAUUUAGUCCCAUACUGUGUUUGCCACUGAUCCCCUGGCUGAGAUCAUCUUUAUUGAUAAUUUACUCUAUGAAUGUCAGAUGCUCUCUACACUGAACUACGCCUGAUGGUGCAGGGCUUAGCUCAUUGGCGGAGAGUGAUCAGCUGACACUUUCGGACAAUAAGAUGGCCCUGUACAGCAGGGAUCAGCUCAGGAGAAAUAAUGGGAACGCCAUGCACAAGCUUCUAAUUCUCUAUAUAGAAAGUGACAAGUAGCCAGCUGACCCCAGUUAAGAUGUCAUUCUGUUUGACUUCUUACCAUGAGGGGCCACCAAGGAACUCCUGUCAACAUAACCACUAAAAUAUAGGAAUAAGUAAACAUAUUAAAAAUCCUGGCAAGUGACAUUUUACUUUUAAUACCAUAAUAUACAGGAUUUGUUGUUUGUCUUUUUUUUAUUUUUUUUAUUUUCUGUUUUAGUUAAUUAUUAAAACAAAGAACAAAAAAAUGUAGUUGUUUUUCUUACUGACCAAUGGUAUUUCUUUUUCCCAUAGGAAAGAUGAUCGAGAUUAUGCCUUAAAACAAAUAGAAGGUACUGGAAUUUCUAUGUCUGCAUGCAGAGAGAUAGCAGUAAGUAGAAGUUCUCAUUUUUAAACAUCUACAUUGCCAUGUUUCAACUGUAAUCCUCAUGAGAGGAUGCAACCAUCCCUAUAGGCUUACUUCUUAAGGUUUAAAUUAUUGUGAAGCCAUGGGAUUUGUAAUAGAAGUGUGAUUAUAUUUUUUUAAUGUUUUCGUUGUUUUGUUUGUGGGUGUUUGAUUACUUGAAACCAUUCUCUGUUUUCGUUUGAGGAUGUUGGAUAGUCCUUUCAGAUAUUGGGUGUUGUUGACUUCUACCUGCUGUUUUCCCUGAUCCUUGUUGGUAUAGUUUCAGUAUUUGAACAACUGUCGUAGGGCUCCCUUGACUUCUAGUUCUCAUUCUUUUAAAUCAUUAGAGAACCAGUUGUUGGAUUGUUGUUCUGCUGAUGUGACUAGAAAUGCCAUGGGCACAUCUUGCAUUGUAAAAUUUUUUCUAAAGGUCACUUCUGUGUUAUAUCAGUUUAUAGCAUCAGGAUGACACAUUGGCUGCGCAUUGCUUCUAAAAUCACGAUUUCUCUUGCCUGUGUGAUUGUAGGUUCUAUCGUGUUCGUUAUCAUUGUUGGAGGUAGUGCGGUGAGCAGUUGUUGAAACUCUUUGGGAAUGCUUAAAUUUAUCCAGUGACCUGUUAUCACUGGUGUGUGUGUGUGUGUGUGUUUAGAUUGAUUGAUAGAUAUGUACACACCUUUUUUUGGGGGGGGGAGGGGGAAUGGGGGGAUCUCUGAAAUAUGUUGAAUUGCCAAUGCAGUCAACAAAUAUCAUCAUAGAACAAAGCAGGGGCAACUUUCUUAUGAUAAAGCAUCAAGAAGGCAGAGUGUCCAUCGUCAAGUUCUGUCGGUUCCCCCAGCCGUCACUAACAACACUGUGGAAGUAAGGCAUUGCAUUGUUCAUCUGGAGACCGGAUAUUUGAAGGCUUCUCUGGGAUUCUCCCUAGACAUGUACUCUUCUGCAUGCGUUGAAGUAUAGCAUUGAAGAUACCGGCAGCAUGCGGGGAGCAGGGCCGGUGCAAGGAUUUUGGCUACCCAGGCAAAUUUGCAUUUUGCCCUCUCCCACUCCCCCCUAAAAAAAUGUAUCUUCACCUGUGUGCCUCGUAACUCCUCUUUUUUUAAUUUCUUACUGCCUUUAGUAUGCCCUCUUGAAUGUGUUAUCCCCUUUAGUGUAUUACACCCACCCUGUGUCUCUUACUUUCCCACCAGCCCCUUUCUGUGUCACUGUGCUUUAGUGUGGGGGAUAAGGGCAGAAUUGUAUGGACUAGGGACUUUAUCAUUAUUAUAAUAUAUACAUAGUGCCAACAAAUUGUGUAGCGCUGUACAAUGGGGCUUUAGUAGGCAGAUAGGGCAGUACUGUGUGUGUAGGACAAGGGCUUUAGUCAAGGGGAGAUAGGAGCAGUAUUGGGGAAUAGAGGCAGUUUUGUGGGGGGGUAGGGAAUUUAGUGAAGGGGGAAUAGGGGCAGUAUUGUUGGGAAUAGGGGCUAUAUUGUGAGGAGGGAAUAGGGGCCGUAUUGUUGCAGAUUAAUUCUUUAGUAUGGGGACAGGGCCCAUAUUGUGGGGGAUUUAUUCUUUAGGGUGGGGGGAUAGGGGCAGUAUUAUGGGUGACUGGGGCAUUAGUGGUAGGGUUAGAAACAGUAUUGUGGGAAAUGGGGCUUUAGUGUGGUGGAAUAUGGGCAGUAUUGUGUUGGACAGGGGCAUUAGCGAGGGUAAUGGAACAGUAUUGUUAGGGAAGGAGUCUAUAGUGGGGGGGAUAGGAACAGUAUUGUUGGAUCUGGAGCUAUGGUGGGGGUAUCGGAACAGUAUUGUGGGGGGCAGGGGCAGUAUUGCGGGGGGGAUCUGAACAGUUUUGAGGGACAGGACAGCAUUAUGGGGGACUGGGGCUAUUGUGGGGGGAAGGGACAGUAUUGUGGUGGACAAGGGCUAUGGUGGGAGGAAGAAUAGGGACAAUGUUGUGGGGGACUGGGGCUAUGUUGCGGGAUAGGAACAGUAUGGGGGGCACGGGUGGUAUUGUGGGGGUUAGGGGCUACAUACAAAGAAUACAUUAUUCAAUAUACUGUAUAUUAAAUCAAACUAUGUACAGCAGCCUACAUACAAAGUACACACUAUUCUAUAUACUGUAUAUUAUAUCAGUGUGUACAGCUGACAAAGAAUACAGUAUUCUAUAUACUGUAUAUAUCCUACAUUCACAUGCAUACAGGGAAUGACAUUGCAAAGUGUAUACAGCAGCCAACAUACACAUUCAUACAUACUAUACAGUGGUCUAUAUACCGCAUGCCAUAACAAAGUGUGCACUGCAGCCUCUAUACACUAUUCCACAUAGUGCAUGUCAUAAAGUAUGUACAACUGCCUCCCUAUAUAUUGUAUCAAAUCUUAUAUCAAAGUGGGUACAGCAGCCUUCAUACACAAGCAUGCAAUACAGAAUAUACACCUCUCUGUAUACUAGAUGUGACAUAAAAGUGAGCACAGCAGCCUCCGUGCACACGUACAUAUUAUAUGCAGAAUAACCAAUGUCAGCUCUACAUUGUAAAGUCAGAUCUGACAGGGAACACGUUAAUUCUAGUCUGUUUUCUAAAAACCAUAGUGUGAUCCUGAUCUGGUACACUUAAUCAUUAAAAACAAACAUCUGUUGAUCAAUACUACCCCUAGAUAUUCCGCAUACAGAUGAUGCGGAACUGGAUCAGUUCCCUCGCGCGCCCUCUCCUUCUGCGCCGCACUGGGCUGUGGAGACAGUGGAGGUACUGGCGCUCGGACACGCUACAGGAAAUGACCGUCAGGAGAGGAGUGUGAGGACUGUGCACUUCUCUCCUGCUGGUCAACUGGAUAUUUGCGCGUCUCCCCCGGCCGGUGCGCCCUAAGGCGGUCGCCUGUGCCGCCUUAUGGUAGCGCCGGCCCUGGCGGGGAGCAGUAUCAGGUAAAAUAACUGCACCGCUGGGUCUCCUAAUGCUGAGUGGGGAUGUCACCAUCAGGUCUUCAUAUUCCACCUGCCAAAAAGAGAGUGGAAACUUUUACAGAACCCUGGCAAGAGGUUUAAAGGACCACUAUAGUGCCAGGAAAACAUACUUGUUUUACUGGCACUAUAGUGCCCAGAGGGUGCCCCCACCCUCAGGGUCCCCCUCCCGCCCGGCUCUGGAAGGGUGAAAGGGGUAAAAACGUACCUUUUUCCAGCUCUGGGCGGGGAGCUCUCUGCCUCCUCACCUCCUCCGAUCCGCCCCGUCGGCUGAAUGCGCAAGCGCGGCAAGAGCUGCGCGCGCAUUCAGCCGGUCACAUAGGAAAGCAUUCAUAAUGCUUUGCUAUGGACGCUUUCGUGCUCUCACUGUGAUUUUCACAGUGAGAAGCACGCAAGCGCCUAUAGCGGCUGUCAAUGAGACAGCCGCUAGAGGAAUUGGGGGAAGGCUUAACCCAUUCACAAACAUAGCAGUUUCUCUGAAACUGCUAUGUUUAUAAAAGAAUGGGUUAACCCUAGAAGGACCUGGCACCCAGACCACUUCAUUAAGCUGAAGUGGUCUGGGUGCCUAGAGUGGUCCUUUAACUUUAACGGCCUUCAAGUAGACGGCAGAGAAAGGCAGGUACAUUCUUGCCCUUACGACUGGAGCCCAUGUCUCCACAAUUGUACUUCUUCUUUUAUCGAUCUAGGUGCAGCUUCCUGUGGUACCUUUUGCCAUGAAGGGCUUAGUUUUAGGGUAGGGGAUACCUGACAUCAAAUUGCUGUGAACUCUAAAUCCUACUUUAGGAAUGGGCAAACACUGUUGAAUUUAAGUGAUCUUUUACCUGCAAAAGAAACAGAUUGGAGCUUUUGAACAAUGUCUUGAACAAAAAAUGGACCCCCAAAAAUCAAUAAAUCAGUGUAUUUUUUAUUUUAAUCUUCUUUUUUUUUGUAAAACUUUUUUUGUAAAACUGCUGACUUAUGAGACCCUUGAAGAGGUAAUUAGAUGUUCUCUUUUAACACAGUCUAAUGUGUAUUUAAAUUUUAUUUUGGUGUCAAUGUGUAUAAUUAUUAUAAAUGCACAUGUCACUCAAACUUUACUGGCAUAUAUAUAAUUGAAACUUUUUGCUUAAGAUAUUUUUAUUUUCCUAUACUUCUUUCUGUCAACACAGAGGUGUAAAGUAAAAACUAGAGCCGUUGUGUUUAUAUUUUUUUUAUAGAUGACAUUUUAUCUGGGAUAAGAUUUAGGAUGUUGCAUGUACAAUAUAAAUGUUGUUACAACUGAAUAUUUAAAGUUACCAAUUGCUUUGUCACAUCCCACAAUCAACUUAUUCCCAUUUAUGUGUCAGGGGUCUGAAGUGUCAAAUUAAUCUAUUCUGGAGGGCACAACUAUAUACACACAAUCAAGAAUAAAAGUAGGCAGAAAAAGCAACUUAACUGUCAUAAAUGUAAUUUAUUACUUUUUGCAACUAAAUGGUGUAUUUUUGCGUAGUGUUGGCAUUUAAAUACAGAUGUGUGUUUGUAUGCACUGUUGCAGUUUGUCCAUAAUGUUGACCAUGGAAUGCAAGCGUGUAUCUUUGCAUAGUAUUGGUGCGUGUUUGUAUGUAGUCUGCAAGUUUAAAAGCAGGUAUGUGUCUGUAGUAAUGGCAUUUGAAUGCUGGGUUGGGUUUGAAUGCAGGUGUGUAUUUCUAUGUUGCGUUGGCGUUUCAAUGCAGGUGUGUAUUUCUGUGCAAAUGCAUUCUGACACACAGACACAGGUACACAGAUGCACCCUCCUGUUUCCUGACCUUUUUGGGUGCAGGAGAGUGGCAUGCCUGGGUUCCAGUGGGCUAACAAAUGUUGGAGUCCCUGUGAAGGCUGUUCGGCGAGGUUUUAUGCUUGCUUAUGCGUGCUGUCUGUAGUUUUGCGCAAUAUUUUCAAAUGUUAUUUAUUGAAAAAUUUUAAAUGUUAUACAAAUCAAUCAAUUCAAUGAAUACAGAAGUAACACAAUAUAUAAUAUACACGUCAGUUGGAAAAAAACAUUUAAGUCAAAUCAAUAGACACAAAAAAAAAGAAUGGCCUGUAUCUCUUUCACAAUCUCUUUUUUGUAAAAAGAAAUACUGCAACAUAAGUCGCAAUGUAGCAGAUGAGAAAAAAGGAGGUGGGGGGGGGGGGGCGAUAUCCAUCCCAAAUGAUAUCUAGCAACUGUGUUGAGAAUAAAAAGGUUCCAAUCUGAUGAAGUUUUUUAUUAUUUAUUUCUUUUUAAUAAGUGAAACAGUCUCCAUGGAAAUCAUACUUGCAUUAUCAUGUAUGCUAAAUCAGUCUCUGAUGAAGAGGCCCAUUCAAGACUAACAAUUUGAUUUUGUGGGUCAACCCUUGAAACAAAAUUUAAUGGUAUAACCUAAUUUUAUUUGUCUUAUUUUUAUUUUUUUUAGCUUCUACGUGAGCUGAAACAUCCAAAUGUAAUUUCUCUACAAAAGGUAUUCCUCUCGCAUGCAGACAGGAAGGUCUGGCUCUUGUUUGACUUUGCAGAACAUGACCUAUGGGUAAGUAUUUAUUUUAUUUGUACCUAGUCACGGUUUGGACAUGUUUAGUUCUUGAUCAGGGAAGAUAUUUGCUCACUUAAAGGUGAACAGGACACACAAGAACUUUCUAAAAACAGCAUGGGGAAAUAUUUUAAAGUUUAUAACAUAAUAAAAUAUUUUAAACCUAUGACCUAGACUAAAACAUUUUAGAACACAAUAUAAUGUGGAUUAUCUACUCCUAGUUGAAUGAGGGAAAUUAUACAAGCCCGUAUUUAGAAAACAUUCAAAAGUUAACAUUUAUUGAAAUCUGCCUUACUUUAAAACUAACCUACACUUGCAAGUCAAUGGGUUCGUUUAGUGACCUUAUUUGUAAGCAACAUUACCCUUUCAUUUGGGGAUAUUUUUGACGUACAGUUCUGAUGAAGAUCCCACUUGAUAGCUCUCUGUUGAAAAAUCCUUUCAACACCCAUGUUUAAUCUCUGGUGUCUGUCCAACUGACCUCCUUCUGUAGAAGCGGUUUUCAGUAUGAUCCCUGGAAGAGGAAACCUGAUGUACAAUGGCAAAUCUAUCUUCCCUCUGUAAAGAGGGCAUGCAAGGAAUGGCAGCAGCUCGUGAAAAUCUGAUAUUUGCAUUUCCUCACCCUAGAAAUAGGGAUGAUUUUAUUUAGAGGAUUAACAUUGGGUCUUCUGUUCUUCUCCCUUUCAUUGCUCCCACUUUACUGAUUUCAUCAUGGCAACCCUUUCUAUCCAGCCUCUUCUGGGUAAUUAUGUUGCUCAGAGCAAAUGUCUGUCUGUUAUUUUGUGAAAGAACAAACGGUCAUUGCAUGUUUCAUACAAAGAAACUGUUAAUCUGGGUCAAAACUUUCUUUAGAAUUUUGCCAUCAUUGUUGCUUCCUAUAUCAUCUGGUUCUUUUUCUAAACCACCAUCCAGACUGAAGAGCUUUCUGGUUCUCUCUUGAGACAUAACGCAAGCAGGAAUUUGUAAGUAUGGUACAAAAUAUUAGAACAAACUUGGGGGCAGAGCCUGACCUUUAAGCUAGCCAGACGUAAAAAGCUUGAGCUCCUGUAAUAAUAAUAAUAAUAAUAAUAAUAAUAAUAGAAAAAAAAAAAAAGGUAUUAAACCCGAUUUGCAGGCUACCACGACCCACUCUAAGUGUUCCUGAGAGCAGGGGACCCCGGGCAAGCUGUCUGUUACCCCAGUCCAGGAUUUGUUCUGCUAUAUGCCCGAGAGUCCUGUUGAAGCCUGCUAAGAACGGGGCGAGGGAGAAGCGGCCGAUCUUCCUGCGUGCUGGUUCUAGCCUGGGUUCGACUGCACCCCCUACGCCCCUUUGGACCAGUGGGGGAUAUCCCAGUCUCCUCUGAGCUGAUUAUGCAAGCCUACUGACACUCACCACAAUGCUUAAGUUGCAGUGACCAGCUCUCCGAGAUCUCAAAAUGGCGGACGCCCUUCACUUGGACUCCCACACUGCGAGUUCCAUCCAGGGAGAUUCACGAGACUUUGUUGCUGAAGCUUUGACAGGUCUCCAGCAAAUCUUCCAACACUUCUGGCUCAAACUCCAGCGACAUAUCAUGGCUGAGCCCAGGAAGAGAGUAAGGUGAAGUGGGCAACUGGAGGCGAAGGGACCUACUCAGGGCGCAUCGUCAGUGAAGAAGCAUUUUCAACCAACUGUCUGCCACAUCAGGCUUGCAAGCACUGCAUUGUCCACGAAGACGGAAGAUUGACCGCCCAAAAAAGCGAACAGAUAAAUCUUCCGACUACCCUAAGACAGGGACAGACUCGGACUCUCGCAGCACCCGAGUCGGUGGUAUAUGGAUGCUGACUCUCACCUGGAACUGGGGAUGGAGGGGCACCCAAUUCUGGUGCGUAGCCAUCUCUGGCAGUGCAGUAAUUAUGUCACUUACGGGUAUCUGCUGAGGGUCAGGAGCACUCACUCGUAGACAGUGGUCACCAUCGUUCUAACGAGCACAGUGUUUAUCUUUAAUUAGCUGGUUUCAACACCAUUUUUUUUUUUUUUUUUUUACUGUGGUAUGGUACAGAGUAGCUAUGUUUUAUGCCCGAGCUAGCAUAUAUAUAUAUAUAUAUAUAUAUAUAUAUAUAUAUAUAUAUAUAUAUAUAUAUAUAUAUAUAUAUAUAUAUAUAUAUAUAUAUAUAUAUUCUCACAACAUGUUUUAUUGUAGAUGGUACAUUCAUAUAUACUGCAAUUUACCUUUAGCAGCAUAUCUUCUAGGCAUGGCUAACAAACACGCUGGUAUAACUGGCUAAAAGCCCUUUGCUAAAUUUAAAGUCAGAGUAGUAUGUGCUAUUGUUACAUCGAUAAUCAACAUGACUAGCCAGCUAUGAAUGUUAUAUGAUUUUUGUUCAGGAUUAAGCUUGAGACAUAUCAGUCCAACCUGUCUAUUGUUUACGUUCAUCCCUUUCGCUUUCAGUUAUUAAUUAAGCAUGCUAAUCCACGUUUCACUCCAAACAUGUCUGAAGUUUCAACUACACCAUGCCUGCCAAUAGUACAUGUUAGUACAUGUUAGCCUAACUUGAUUGGUAAUGCCAAACUACUGUUUUCCACUCUGUGUCGUAUUCAUGCUUCUUAAUGCUGUUGUGGCAAGGCAAGCUUGUAUUGUUAAUUAUGCACAUCAAAAAUAAAGAAUAAAAUGUGUAUAUAUAUAUUGUGUACCUACAUGGGUUAUUGUUGGUUAUCUGUUUUUGAAUACUUUGCCUGAAAGAGAAGUGGAAAAUAGUGAUUAGAGUUAAUAUACUUGAUAUAAACAACUGUCAAUUUUCCACCAAGCUUUCCCUGUAAGCUGAUAUAUAGCUUUAGGCAUCAUGGGAAAUGUAGUUAAAGGAACACUAUAGGGUCAGGAACACAAACCUGUUUUCCUGACAUAAUAGUGCUAAAAAACACCAUUUAGGUUGCUUGCACCCCAUUAACAUCCUUAAAAGGUAAUAAAACUUACCUUAUUUCCAGCUCCCCCGAUCCGCCUCCUUGCUGACAUCAUCAGAGUUUAUUAUUUGAGCCAAUAGGAUUGGCUGAAAUCGGCCAGGAGGCAGGGUGGGAGCGGGGAAAAAUGCUGGCUUGGCCAAUCAGCACUUCCUCAUAGAGAUGCACACUGUGCAGCACUGCCCCAGGAAUCACCUCUGGUAGCCAUCUGAGGAGUGGCCACUAAAGGUGUCCCUAGUCGUCAAUGUAAACACUGCGUUUUCUCUGAAAAGGCAGUGUUUUUACAUGAAAAUGCCUGCAGAGAAUGGGUAUACUCACUAGAGCAAAUCCAUUAAGCCAGUGUUUCCAAAACGUUUUAGGUUCAAGGCACCCUUAAUAUUUCAGUAUUUUUUUUCAAGGCACCCCAAGUAAAAAUUAUUAGGUUGUAUAUCUGUAGAGAGCUGCAGCAUUUACUGCUAUAGUGUAAUGUACAGUUUUGGUGUUUGAAGGGAUGAUUGUAUACAUUUUAUUGUGUUUUUAUUCCAGGGUUGUGUUUGUAGGUAAUGUUUGAUUGCAGAGGUGUGUCUGAACGUAAUGUUCACUUUUAAAUGUGGAUGUACAUUUGUGUGAAGUAUGUGUUUUGAUUGAAGCGGUGUGUUUGUGUUUAUAAAUUUGUCACUUGAAUGCAGUGGUAUGUUUGUAAUAUUUGUGUUAAAUUGCAGGAGUGUGCUUGUAUGUUGUGCUGGUGUUUGAUUGGAUGUAUUCACAUAAACUACCACUUACAUACAUACUUGCACAGAUAUUCAUGCACAUUAACACACAGAUGCAUAUUAUUAUUAUUAUUAUUAUUAUUAUUAUUAUUUUAUUAUUUAUAUAGCGCCAACAAAUUCCGUAGCGCUGUACAAUGGGUGGACUAACAGACACAUAAUUGAGAUCAGACCACUGACGUACAGGAACAGAGGGGGUUGAGGGCCCUGCUCGAUGAGCUUACAUGCUAGAGGGAGUGGGGUAUAUAUAAAUACACCGACACACAGACAAAUUCAUAUAUAUACACCGACACAUACUCACAUAUAGAUGCACACCGAUACAUGCACUCUGACACACUCAAACAUUGAUACAUGCCCACACCAUGACACCAAAACACACUGACAUAAAAAACACAACCCUGACACACAGAGGAACAUGCACAGAAGCACACUGAUCUAUAUAUAUAUAUAUAUAUAUAUAUAUAUAUAUAUAUAUAUAUAUAUAUAUAUAUAUAUAUAUAUAUAUAUAUAUAUAUAUAUAUAUAUAUAUGUAUGUGUAUAUAUGUAUGUGUAUAUAUAUAUAUGUGUGUGUGUAUAUAUAUAUAUGUGUGUGUGUGUGUAUAUAUGUGUAUGUAUGUGUGUGUGUGUGUAUAUAUAUAUAUAUAUAUAUAUAUAUAUAUAUAUAUAUAUAUAUAUAAUUAAUAAUCUAUUACACAUACAGCCAGCCAACAAUACAGGGGCCUGGUUGCGAUCUUAAAGGACUGAGGCACUCAACCGGGUCCAUGUUGCGCAGUAAUGUUUCCCCGGUGUUAUAAUCAUCUGGGAAACAUUCCGCAGCACCCCUGUGUGCACGUCGUGGCGUGGCCCACCGUUUGGGAACCGCUGCAUUAAGCUGUAGUUGUUCUAAUGACUAUAGUGUCCCUAUAAAAAUAUCUGGUGUGCCAGCACUGCGGUGUAAAGCUUUCUGAUCCCAUACACCUGGCAGUGUACCUGAUGCCAUGCAAUCUCUGUUGUCUAUAGAAUCUUUGCUUUUAAUGUUUAAAAGGCAACUCUGUCAAUUCUUAUAGUGUGUAUGAUAAGUAAUGGUGAAACUGCACAGGUGUCUUCAUAAAACAUUUCCAAGUAAAAUAGUUUUCCAUUUAUUCACAGUAAAACCUUUGCAGUGGCUUCUGCAUGAUCUUUUCUUGUGUGCUAGUCAGAAUUUUGUUUGGCUCUGUGUCUCCUUGAUCCUUUGUGGAUUUGUUUUGCCUGUCUCUAGAUAAACAUACUAGAUAAAGAUAGUGGAAUAGCUCAUAGCCUCAGCUCAGUGAUGCAGAGUCUCCUUUCAGUCAAGUACACUAAGCCACUGUGUUGCUGUAUCGAAUGCCAGGACCAAGCUUCCGGCUCUGCCUGGCAUUUGUAGAAUUGAGAUUUUGAAAGUGCAUUUCUAAGCCGGCAAUGUUCCAACAGCUUCUCUUUUCAUGAGUUUGACUAGGGCUCUUUCACAUUGCUGAAGUGACUACUUAAAGAAAUUCUUUUCUAAUCAUCUCAUGGUAUCAGGUGUUUUAUCCUGAAUUGGGGCCUCACUGGACAAACACAGCAGUACUCUUGGACAUUUUAUUUUGUACUGUAUGCAACUGUGGGAAGGUUUGUUUUUUUUUUUGUUUUUUUUCAUCCUUCUGUAUUAUUUGCAUUUUGUGUAUUGAGGGGAAUACCUCAUUCUAGUUGGUUUUCUGUCUCACAGAAAUGCCAAAUAGGCUUUUGUUGGGGGCUGUAAACUCUGCAGAAGAUUCCCGUUUUACCUAUUUGGUUGGCUUCAUACCUGUUUACGUGGUGUGGACCUGCAAAAAUCUCUCCUGAUCUGAUGCUUUGUGUAAUGUUUUAUGAUGUCAUGUACAGAGAUGCUUGUCCCACAGUUUCAGGGAAUGGAAAGAGCUGCGAGGGUACAAACACAGAUCUCUGCUCCCUUUUCUUGCUCAAGAAUGAGAAUCCCCUAGAUUAGAACAUCCAGCAAUCCUUGUGAGUUUCCCACUAUGCACGGAUUGUGAAAUGCCAUUUAUAAAAGUGAUAAACUAUGACAGUGGACAAGUGAUGUAACUACGUGUCACAAAUAUCACACCACCUAGGUCUACAUUAAAGGAUCACUAUAGGGUCAGGAACACAAACCUGUAUUCCUGACCCUAUAGUGCUAAUCCCACCAUUUAGGUGGCUUGCCCCUGCCCCUUUUUGUCUCAUUAGAGAUAUCUUUGCCAGAAGCUCAAGGAAGCAAGGCGAAUGGUUAGUUAGGACCCACCUAAGAGGUCUUCCUUGACGUGGCAGGUGGGCAUACCCUGUCAUGGCCAUUGGAGGUAACUAAUAACCUCCAUUUGUUUAAAUAUACAUAGGGAUUUGGGAAAGUGUGCAGGUAACUGGGUUUUUUUUUCUUUGGUUUUUACUGUAUGUAUUUGAGCUGAUGUGUACUAUAGUCAUUGCUUCCCAGGAGUAAUGGGAGUUUGAGCGCAGGAUUUGAUUUUUUUGUAUUAUUUAUAAAGUGUCAAAGUCUAUAACAACAUUUUAAUAUAAAUGGUUAUUAAAUAGAAGCCUCCAUGACCAAUAACAAGAGGUCAAAAUUACUGCACUUAGUCUUGUUAACUUUGUUAUAGGUGGCUAUAGUUCAGUUUUGCAAUGUCAUUAAGGCAAGUGAAACAGGUCACGUAAUUGAGGUAAGCUGAAAACUAACAUAAUUCAAAGUUUAUUUAAUUUGAGUGUAUGGGUUAAUUUUUAGAUCUUCAAUAUUAAAGUUAAAUGGACACUAUAGUCACCAGAAUUACAACUUAAUGUAGUUGUUCUGGUGAGUAUAGUCAAUCCCUGCAGGCCUUUUAAUGUAAACACUGCCUUUCAGAGACCAGGCAAUGUUUACUUAGCUUCCUAGGGACACCUCUAGUAGCAGUUACUCAGAAGGCCACUACAGGUGCUUUGUAACUCACUUUGAACAUCUAACGUGUGCAUUCAAAGCCCAAAAUUAGUCUAAUCGAAAAGCAUAAUUUGCCCUCUAUUGUAGGGCUUCUGCAAAGAAGCGCCAGUUAAACAGUCCUUUAAAAAUUUUUUACAUUUUAGUUCAUUGUGUGUCAUGACUACCUAAUCGCUUUUUAUAUUAUUUUGUACCCGUUCCCCUUCAUAAAUGUAAGAAUUAUUAUAUCCUUGUCUUUCUUCUUCUUUCAGCACAUAAUCAAAUUUCACAGAGCCUCUAAAGCAAACAAAAAACCGGUGCAGUUACCUCGGGGUAUGGUGAAGUCACUGCUUUAUCAGAUUUUAGAUGGCAUUCACUACCUUCAUGCUAACUGGGUAUUGCAUAGAGAUUUGGUAAGUUGACGUUUACAAAAAACUAUUUAUAUACAUUGUUGAGAUGGCAUUUAUAGCUAAAUUGGGUGUCAAAAUAAAAAUCUGUAUAUGUCAAGGUCGAAUGCCCCAAAAGCCCCUGUGCUAAGCCUUAACCACUUUAAGCUGCCUCCGUGCAAAAUCUCGAGCUAGUUAUUGCAUGGAAUUACAUGUGUGCUUUUGUAAAGUUGCACUUUCUAGUGAGCCCACACUGCAUUAGGAUUAACUGUCAGUCUCUUAGACCGUGGAAAAAACAGGAGAGUAUUCUGUCACACAGUUUUCCAGUCAGUACUCUUAGCUUAUGUAAACCUCCUUGUGUUGGGAUUAUAGUGUGUAUCCGGGUGGGCAAACCGUAGCUGUCCAGAUGUUGUUGCACUACUACUACACAACCUGUAGCAGAAGGUUUGGGUAACGUGAUCAUCUGAAAAGGAUCAUUACCUUCAGGUGUGUUCUUAUUUUGAAAUAAAAUUAUAUGUUUAUAAUAUGUAUUAUGUGUAUGAAUAUAUAAAUAUACAAAAAUAAAUUGUGUGCUCAAACUCCUACUACUCCUGGGCGGCAUCAACAACUACAGUACACAUUAGCCCCAAUACAUACAAUACAAAAACAAAGAAAAGAGUUACUUGCACACUAGCCCAAAUCCCUAUGCACUUUUAAAGAACUGGAUGAUUUUAGUAUCACUUCAGUGACCACUUGUGUGUAAGCUCACCUGCCACGUCAAGGAAAACCUGUUUGGUUAGUCCUGCACUAACAAUUCACCUUGCUUCCUUGGGCAUCCGCAGGAAUUUGUGUGGGGGGGAACGACAAAUUGUGAUGACAUCCAUGCUUGGCCGCUUUUUGACAGUGUCAUGAAGGGGAGGAGCAUAGUCAUUAUCACAUAAAGCCAGGGUGAAUAGCAUUUUCACAACUAUGGUGUCAGGAACACGUUUGUUUUCCUGACACUAUAGUGUUCCUUUAAUCAAAUUAAAGGGACAUUCUGGUCAUUAUAACAACUUCAUCUAAAUGAAAUUGCUAUGAUGCCAGGAGGCCCCUGGGUACUCUCUUUCCUUUAAAGGGUUAAAUGGCUCUCAAAUUGUUUAACCCCAAAGGCUUCCUCCAGCUCCAGGUUGCUCAGUGGUAUUUGGCUUCUGAAACAGAGUGUCAGGAAGUGCAGAUUGUCAUCAGGCAUGGGUGUCACUGAUUGGCUAGAGUGGUCAGACGACGCUCGAAGCCAGUUGCUAGUUCCCAAUUCAUAAAUUAUUAUUUUUUUACUUUUUUAAGAAUGGGGAGCUACUUGUAGCCAAUCAGCGGCACCCCUACCUAGAGGCCCUCUGUGUUUCCUGACACUCAGUAAAUAAAAGUGAACACAUUAACACUGAUAUGUUUUUUACCUGGGGAGAUGAGAAGGUCCAAAGUUUCCUGCCAGGCCCAGGUACCAAAGCCUUAUGAUGUGGUGUCCAGAAUGAAGUGGAAAGAUCACUUCACUUAUCGUUCCUGCUCCAAUCUCGUUUUCUUCUCCAUUUGACAGUCUUCUUUUUCUUCUGACACAGUCUUCUCUCCUCCUUGGCACCUUCUGCUCCUUUACCUUUCUCCUUGCAGGCCCUCCCUGCUCUUUGCUGCUCAUUUCUGUUCGUUUUCCUACUUUACCUUUAUGCUCCUUCUGCCCCUUCCAGAUAAUUGUUGACCUUUUCUACUCCUUGAUUUCCCUUUCUGCUCAUUGCAGACCCUUCCUCCUUCUUGCUGCCCCUUCCAGCUCAUUGCUGCCCCUUUCUGUUCCUUCUCCUACAUUACCUUUGUGCUCCUUGCUGCCCCUUCUUUCUCCUUGCUGCCCCUUCUUUCUCCUUGCUGCCCCUUCUUUCUCCUUGCUGCCCUUUCUUUCUCCUUGACGACCCCUGCUGACCCUUCCUACUCCUUGCUGAAACCUCCUGCCCUUUGCAGACCCUUCCUACUCCUUGCUGACCCCCUGCUCUUUGCAGACCCUUCCUACUCCUUGCUGACCUCUCCUGCUUGCUCCUUGCUGGCACCUCCUGUCCCUUCUGCUCAUUUCUGCUUCUUCUACUUCACCCUCCCCUCACUUACCUGAUCUGUAGGCUGCCCCCCCAUGCCUCAUUUACUUGAUCUGAAGGCUGUCCCCCACAAUGUCUCACUUACCUGAUUUGUAGGCUGCCCCCACCCCCCCCCCAUGCCUUACUUACCUGAUCUGUACCAUGCCUCACUUACCUGAUCUGUAGGCUGCCCCCCCUACCUCACUUACCUGACCUGUAGGCUGCCCCCAUACCCACUUACCUGAUCUGUAGGCUGCCCCCUAUACCUCACUUACCUGAUCUGUAGGCUGCCCCCAUACCUCACUUACCUGUUCCCCUGCGGAUGCAGUCAGGAGAAAGAAGCAGGGAUAAGCUGUACCUUCCUUUCCCUGCCUUUCUACUCGCAGGCGCCGGUAGUGCAGUUUAUCACACAAAUGAGAGAGCAGCACAAGCUGAAAAUUCCAAGGGGGCAGGUGUCCCCUCCCCCCCUGCGGACGCCCAUGCUUGCUUCUUUCAGCUUCAGGUAAAAAAAAAUAUCUAUUUUUUUUUAUUCUUUAUUUUUUCAUUCGAUAGGUACAGCAAGUACAGCUCAUAGUUUCGGGCUUGCGCAGAAGCCAGCUUUUGAAUCAAUAAAAAUAUAUUUUUAAAAUUAACUCUUAAUAGGAAACACAUGUGGUAGGCGGCAGCAUUGUAACAUAGCUGUAUAAUACAAAAAUAAGACCUGUGCUCAAACUCCCACUAAUCCAGGGUGGCAGCAUCAACUACAGUACAUAUCUGCCCCAAUACAUAUUUUUAUUUUUUAUUUUUUUUUGUAUGUUGUUUCUUCUUGAUUAUGUUGAAACAUUGUCUAUCUAGCUAUUUUGGUGUUAAUAUAGAUGAUGAUCUCUUAUUCAUCCUUAAUUCCCACAUAUGUUUCAUAAAGCCUCUCUGAUUGGGUCUGCUCUAGUAGUCGCAGUAAAGCAGGUCUAGUUUGUCACUUUGUGUCCAGGAAUGGAAUGUUCACUUGUCGGCAGAUUGCCCUGGUUCCAUAUUGGCAUGAACCAUAUUUGACAAUGCAAGAUAAGAAGAAAAAAAAAAACAUGCAUAUUGCAUUGUAACAGUUACCCAGCCUGUACCCCUGGCUGGGUACCUCCGCCAAGGACCGAUUCCUAGCUGGAACGGGGACAAACCGUGGCAAUUCUGCCCACAAUCGCCGUGGCUUGACUGGGGCCCUGGAACCACUCCUUCCUGCUGCCAAAUGGGGAAUUAGCUCUAGUCCUUACAAGGACUUUCCCCGUUGAAUCCCCUGCAAGCUGAAACAGCAGACGCAGGAGUAAAUCUUCUUUCCCUCCAAUAACAGGACGACACACCGUUUUGGACUGUAAGCUGGAAUAGCUUUUAAUGGAGGCACACUGGCCUUUUAUGCAAGUUUCCCAACAAGGGCGACACCCAGGUGGACCUUGUUUGGCACAGGGACACAAAGUGAGCAAAAAAAAUAAAUACCAAGUUAUACAGUGAGACACUCCCAUACACAAACAAUAGAAUCCCUCAUCUGUGCUUGGGAGAUAAUUGAAUCAGGAACUGUACUAAUCUAACCCAAAUAUCUCCAAGCACAGAAAAACAUACUAUUUUAUGAAACCCCAUAAAUCCCUGGAUCGGUGAACAACAUAUCCAAAAAUCACCCAGAUCGCUUCAGGGGUUCAGGAAUUUCCUGAAAGUCAUAGUUUUGACCGACCACAAGCAUGGCCCCAUGCCCAAAACAGUUCCUGGGAAAUCAGUGCUAACAGUCGGUCAAGUUCGGUAGUUUUUUUUACAGGUUUCUCUGCAGGGCCCAGAGUCUUUGGGCAGGAGGCUGGCAAGCAGGCUACUCCAGGAGCUCAUGGCAAACUCUGGUAAAAAGGGGAUUUUGCCACGUGCAUGUUAUGGUGACAUCAUGGAGUGAUAAUAUAGAUGCAUAUAAAUCGGGUUGCUGAAGAGCUUAACCUUUGUUCUAAAGGAUUUAUUUAUGCUCACUUCAGUUUUACAUAUAAUUUUCUUUGGAAUUUAAACACUCAUGCUGAGGUUGAUGAUUAGUAGGAAAAGAAUCAUGCAUAUGCUGCAAAGUAGAUUUCUGAGAAUUGUUUCUCUACUCAUUUAUAUGCAGAGAGACCUCUGCCUGUAAAGGGAUUAUCAGGGCACUUUAUUUCAUCUUCAGUGCCAAGUAUUAAUGAGCAUUCAGCAACACAAAGGCAAGGUACAAAGUGUCUGAUGUUGAGAUAAACCGACUGAGACCAGAUUUGCUUCGCCCCCAGCCCCAUACUGUAUACUUUUAUUAAAAUCCCAGGUUUUAGCUGCCACUUUGUCAGUGCUACAAGGGAUUUUAGCUGUCAUAUAAUCUUUGUAGCUGUUUGUGUUCUCUUUUUUUUUCAUAUUUUUUUUGUUUGUUUUAUGUUUUCUGUAUAAUUUUCUUACUAUGGUGACAAAAUCUAUUUAGGAGAGAAAGGGCAAGCAUCCUUAGCUCCUCACUGGGCUGGUAAGUGUCAGUAAUCCAGCUCAUUAAAUCUUUGAGCGUAUCCACAUAAAUGUUGUGAAUACUGCAUUACAAAAGUUACAGGACUUCAAAUCUUUUUCAGAGAAAGGUGUUAUAUGCACACAUAAUCUGAGUGCAUCUCCAGAUCUUCAUGCACAAAUGCCUUCUCCAUAUCCAAAUUGCCAAUUCGGUUGUCAACAAAAUUCCCUGUGGAUUUUUGGCUACUUCAUUCUAGAUCAAUUACUUUUUUAUUUGUAUGGGAAGUGUUUUAACUUUAACAUGAAUAUUACUUUGCACCAGUAUAUUCUGCAUAAAAAAAGUCAGAAAUCUCAAUAUUUUACAUUUUAAAAUCGAAUACAUACAUUGCAGUUUGUAUGAGGUUAAAGAGAUUCUAUAGUGUUAGUAAUACAGAUGUGUUUUUCUAACUCUGUAGUACCCUCUGGUCCCCUUUAUCUUCUCACCCAAUGUCCCUCGGCACUGGGUCGCGCUCAGUCGUCAUCCGACGGCAGUACAGAGUGCGCAUGAGCGGCGAGUGCUGCAAGAGCAUUAGGCCCUCCCCAUAAGAAAGCAUUGCCUUAAUGCUUUCCUGUGGGGAUUUCAAUGAUGCUGGAUGUACCCUUGCAGAGCGCGAUGACGUCCAUCAUUUAAGGGACUCUGAGUCCGUUAGAAUCUAGGAAACGCCUCUAGGGGCUGUCCGGUAGACCGUAACUAGAGGCAGUCUUAGUUCUUCAAGGUAACUAUUGCAGUUUAUCUGAAACGGCAAUGUUUUACAUUACAGGGUUAAGGGGACAUUUUCCUUUUUCCAGCACCAAGGCUCCCUCUGUGCUGAUACUCUUACUCCACAAUGGUGUAGCCCCAUGCUCCUCAUAGAGGACCACUGGGAACCUAAAGAACAUGUGCAGCUGGCGCAUUGUUCACAUUCAAACUUUCACACAAACAAAAACAGGGAAUAUGAGAAAUCUUGAGAACGGAUUAGUCCACUGCUCAGGUCUCAAAUUGUUUUGCUUACUUGGGUAAUUACAAAGCGAACCUAUAUCAUUUGCACACCAGACUGAUCAUGUCCAUUAGGGCAGUCCAGAAUCGAAAUACGGGCAAGUUCCCUCUGCACGAGAGAUACAGCAAUUAUUUUGGCCUGCUUUGGACCUCGUCAGCAAGAUGUAGUUGAUAUAUUCCUCUAGGUACAGUGAGCAUGGGAUCCACUUCUGGAUUACCCUUUAUAACUUACGGAGUGGCUAAGUAAAUGCAUUGCAGCAAAAACAGGGUAUAUUAGAACUCUGAAAACAGGCAAAAUCUUGGAGAACCUCAAUAGCUUGCACUUCGGUCUGUCAGACAUAUUCAAAGUAUAUUUUGCUUUCCUAUGGGAUUCCGCAUCAUGUAACAGAAUUUUAUUCUGUCAGUGUUGCGGAAGCGCCUCUAGUGGCUGACAGUGUGACAGAACUAUAGGUGGAUUUAACUUUGUCUAUGUGAAGUUUUUUAGAUAUAUUUUCUUUACUUUUAAAGAAAAUAAAAAGUUCCUUAGAUAUUUAAUAGUUUAUUUAUUCUUCUUUUGUUUAUAAUACAAUUAGUAAAGUAUAAACGAACAUUGGCAGAUCUGAAGCCGGGAAGCGUAAACGUGUCCUUAAAACUCCGCUUGCGUUACUGGUGAAGCACUGCAUCUAGACAGCAGGCAUAUUGGUCCAACACUGUAUAGACAGGCAGCCUUGAAAGUUGAAUAGGGUUGUCUGUUGAUUGCAUUGUGAUAUUCAUGAACUUUCGAUGCAGUGUAUAUAAAUAAAUAACCACAAUGAAACAGUGUGACCAAAGGUAAUGUCUCUGUGUAAAGGGUUUGCUGCCAUACUCAUUUUACAAACUGGAUAUAUAUAUAUCUCGCAGAACAUUUGAGUCCCCUGUAACCUGGAUUCAAAACAGUCUAUAAGGCGCAUGUAUAGAUUAUCCUGUGCAGAGUGCAAGUCUUGACUGAUUUCAAAAAGUGAAACAAUCAUAUCUUGAUUAAUGUUGUUGUUGUUUUUUUUAUUAUAAAUCUGUUAAAUGUUUGUAUGAUAAAUCUACAUAAUUAACAUACACAUUAUUAAUGCUUUAAUUUAUCUUGUAUACUUACCUAGGGCAUACUAUGCAAAUUCGUUUAACUUUACCCUGUGCCAUUAAUAGAAGGUGAUGCAUUCGUAGUUUUAUUUAGAAAAGUACAGUAUAAAAAAAGUUGCCUAACUGACACUGGACAUCCUCGCGCUCGUAGGGCUUAUAAACAAACAAAAGAGCGCAUUUAUUUUAAGAAAUGCAUUUGCAUAUAAACAACGUUUCAGUCCAACUACCUUGGCAUUUUAAAGUGACACUCCAGUUGGCACUGCUGGUCCCCUCUCCCUCCCCCACCCCAUGUUGCUGAAGACCACUGCCAAUGUCCUUCGGCGGUGGUUUAGGGUCCGCCCACGCUCCUCCCCAGCCGACGUCAGCCGGCGGGGUAGACUGAUUGCGCAUGCGCAGCAUUAGACCUCCCCCUUGGAAAAUGCUUUAAAUGCUUUCCUAUGGGGAUUUUAGCAAUGCUGGAGGUCCUCACAUAGCAUGAGGACGUCCAGCAACGCUAUAGCACAGAAAACCUGUGCUAUAGACCAGGAAGUGCCCUUUAGUGGCUGUCUAGCAGACAGCCCCUAGAGGAGGAGUUAACCCUGCAAUGUAAAUAUUGCAGUUUAUGAAAACUGCAAUAUUUGCAGUUGCAGGGUUAAGGGUAGUGGGUGUUGGCACCCAGAGCACUCCAAUGGGCAGAAGUUGUUUAGGUGCCUGGAGUGUCCCUUUAAGAAAUAUUUGUUAAUGGGACUGAAAUGGUGAAUGUAUGCUGUUUCACAGCUGUAAAAAACAAAGGAUGUUUAUUUUGAAGUUCUAUGAGUGUGUUCUUCACUUUGGCUGAGAUCAUCAAACUUGAUGAUCUUAGCCAAUCCAAUGCUUUCCCAUAUGCGUGCAUGUGUAGCCAAACAGCGCCUCCAUGCAGACACAAUCUAAUACACUGCCCACAAAUCCAACACACUGCCCCUCCACUCCUCUACUCCACCAUACACUGCCCCCUUCACCCAAUCUAACAGAUUGCCCUUUAAUCUAAUACACUGCCCCUCCGCCCUCCACUCUAAUUGAAUAGACUGCCCCCACUCCCACCACUCUACUUUAAUACACUGCCCACACUGCCCCCAAUCAAAGGUUAUGUUAUGGUAGAGCAAGUUCCUCUCCCCCCAUUUUUAGACUGACUAUCUUGGGUCCACCAGCCCCCCACUCCUCCAUCUUGUAAUCAAUAAAGAUUUUUAGUUUUACAAAAUUUGUAUUUGUACUGACUUGCUCAUACUUCCACAAUUUUGGUUUACCAUGUUGGCUCGGGCUGAGAUAGAUUGUCAAAGGGGGAAAAUACUUUGUCCAUGUCACGUCGAGCUGUUCUCUGGGUAUGGUAAUUGGUUUUUACAUCAUAUAACUAGAUGGUUUUCUCGUACCAAAUCUGGCCAUCAUAUUCCAGUAAAAGCUUCAAUUAAUGAAGGAUUUGCUCUUUCAUUAAUCUUUAGUUUAUAGGAAGCAUUAGUAAGUCACAUCCUCUAAUUAACUGGCUGUUUCAACAUUUUUGUUUUUAUUAACUGUUAAAAAUGGAAUCUGUGUUUCAGAGUACCUGUUAAUGAAGUUAGAACCGCUCCAUUGGAUAUUUUCUAGAAAUGGUUGUAAGCUACUUACUUGGGAAAAAAGACCGAUGGGGGAAAAUUGCUUCUUGAAACUUUUUUUUAAAUAAACCACCUUGCUUUGAAGAAUAUUUUUUAUGAAAGGAACAUCUUGCUGAAGUGCUUUCAUAUGUCUGGUGUCUGUCAUUUUCUUGACAGUUUAUAAGAGUGCAGAUUUGAAUAGAAAUUGCCAUUUUUAUAAUUGGGGACAGAAACUCCUCCCUGGUUGUCAACUCAGUCAAGGAGGUUUUAAUUCCCAACCAGUUCCACAGAGAUAAUGGAAGCAGCAAGCAUGCUAAGCUUGAAAUUGUCAUAUUACAGCUCAUUCACAAGAAUAGGAAAGUUGCUCACGCGUGCUCGGGUUGGAAGUCUGUGACCAACAGAGUAGGGCUUUCAAAGGCUGCAGACAGAGGGUCUGUAGCUUUUUCAAGCGGUUUCUCCGCCCCCUCUCCCCCUUUUCUUCUUCCCAUAUACUCCCAAAGAAAUUAGACAGGAAAAUGUAUACAUAUUUUAUUUAAAACAUGAAUUGUUUUUUAAAAGUAAAUAAAAAUAAAGCCUUUUGUAAAUGAGUGUUAUCUUAAAGGGACACUAUAGUACCCAAAACAACUUUAGCUUAAUGAAGCAGUUUUGGUGUAUAGAUCAUGCCCCUGCAGUCUCACUGCUCAAAUCUCUGCCAUUUAGAAGUUAAAACACUUUGUGCAUUCAGCCCGAGGCUCACCUCCCUGCAUGUGACUUACACAGCUUUCCUAAAAACUUUCUGUAUAGAGUCAUCCAAUGUCUACACUUCCUUUAAUUGCAAAUUAUGUUUAAUUUAGAAUUUCUUAUCUCAAUCUCUGUUAAUAGCUACUUUACUAGAGAUAAAAUCUUUUAAAGUGAGUUACAUCUGAUUGAAAAUGAAACCAUUUUUCUUAAUGAUGGCUGUAUCAGUCACAGCCAGGGAAGGUGUGGCUAGGGCUGCAUUAAUGACCAUGAAUUAAGCAGUGAAACUUCAGAGGCAUGACCUAGAAACAAAACUGCUUCAUUAAGCUGAAGUUGUUUUGGUGACUAUAGUGUCCGAUUAAUGUCCUCAAAAGGUCACUUUCACUGCUGGAACAUUGUCAAGCAAAUUGACUCACCUUCUCCCGUGGCACAUUUUCUUAAACCAAAGUUGCCCAUUGGUUUAUCACUGUUUUACGAUGGGCUUGUUAAUGUAGUUCAGACAUCUGCAAUGUGAAUAUUGGCUGUAUAUUUAGUUUCAUAGUGAUACUAGUUCUUUUAUUACUGUAUAAAAUUUAUAUAUAAUAUUAGUUUAGUUAUAACAAUUGUGCAUGCCCAGAGGCUUCACAUGUUGCAUAUCUUUACUGAACUCUUUAGCAGCAAAUAAUAAACUCCAUGGAAACAAAUAACCAGUUAAAACAAGCAAAGUAUGUAUGAGGUAAAACAGUCUUAAGCAUCUCCUCUUUAUUUGCUGCUCUUCACAACGAACAGGCCAGUUGUAGUAAUUAUUGCUGUUGAAUAUGCUAAGCAUGUACAUGUUCAGCCCUGGUAUAUGUCUACUUGAGAGACUUCAAUGCUCAUGUGGUGUACCACCGUUUCAAAUUGGAGGGUAUCCAUCUUCUGCAGGAAAGAGACUGGUCUACACACCUUGACUUAAAGGGUUCAUACCUCUCAGUUCCCGUUCAUCAUUCCAGCCAUCACUUCCUCCGAUUCCACUGGCACAGAACACCAUGGCCGUUACCAUGCCUGCCUUUCGUCAUCAUCACAGUGCCAUGGUGUUUCAUAAAACUUCUGUUGCAUAUCUUUACUGAACUCUUUAGCAGCAAAUAAUAAACUCCAUGGAAACAAAUAACCAGUUAAAACAAGCAAAGUAUCACCUCUCAGUUCCCGUUCAUCAUUCCAGCCAUCUUCUGCAGGAAAGAGACUGGUCUACACACCUUGACUUAAAGGGCUCAUACCUCUCAGUUCCCGUUCAUCAUUCCAGCCAUCACUUCCUCCGAUUCCACUGGCACAGAACACCAUGGCCGUUACCAUGCCUGCCUUUCGUCAUCAUCACAGUGCCAUGGUGUUUCAUAAAACUUCUGAAAUCAGUAAUCCAGGAGAUAUGUUGCAUUAGUUACUUGGACUCCCUUUUUAUUUUUUUUAUGUUCCGAAGCGUCACGGUUGUGUCGUCAAACAUCCUUUAUUGUGGAUUUUCUCGGGUUUGUUUUGAAUCGUUCCAAGUCAGCUGUGGUAUCUUUGCAGAUGGUUCACUUUGUGGGCUUUGACAUCAAUUCCGUCACUUGUGUUCUCAAGCUUCCGGGGAUCGAAGGUCUCCACAAUAUGGAAGGAAAUCUGCAAAGUCCUGUGUCUCCAUUCUAGCCCGUUAAGGCAUCUUGCAAGACUGGUGGGCCUUCUAUCCAAUUAAAUUCAGACCAUUUUUUGGAUCAUCUGCACUAUAAAGCAAUGCAGCUCUUGAAGGCUACCCUUCUUUGGCAGAAUCAGACAUACGAUCAACUGGUCCCGCUGACAGAGGAUGUUCAGUCGGAACUGCUCUGGUAAAACAAACAUGCCAUCUUUGGGCCGCAGCUGUAAUUAGUACUGGAAUCCUAUGCCUUUCCUUUAAGGUUGGGGCGCUGUCCGCAACAAGAACUCCACAGGGGUUGGGUUGGGUUGGGUUGUGGUCAGAACAGGAAACCGCAGUCCUCGUCAAUUGUCCAGAACUUCUAGUUCACCAUUUAUAGUCUUGCAAGAGCAAGAUCCAAUUGUUGCAUUCUUCUAUGGAUGGACGACACCUCAAUUGUUGGGGGGUGUUUUCUCUCAUCGGUUAGCAGAGAUAAUGAAAGAGAUGUGACUUCUGCCUCGAUCGCAAUAUUUCCUUAAAGGCAGAGUACUUUCCAGAAGAGUUGAACCUCACAGCAGAUUCGACACAUUGGAGGGACACCGAUUGGCAACUGGACAUGGAAAUGUUCUCUUCUGCAUUCACUGAGGGUUCCUUUACAACUGGGUCUGUUUGCUUCAGCUGGAUUCAGUGAAUGCCAUUCUCAAACGCUGGUUGGCUCUGGGAGCGCUAUGUAUGCAUUUUUCCCCUUCACAAUGAUUGCAUAGGUGAUCCAUCACAUCCGCUUCCAGCAAGUCCAGUUUGUGUUGCUCACCCCUUUCUGGCAGAGCCAGCCCUGGUUCUCGGAUCUUCUGGAGUAAUAAUGCAUAGAUCUCUACCAAGCUAUUAAAGGGACACUCUAGUCACCAGAACAACUACAGCUUAUUGAAUUUGUUCUGGUAAGUAGAAUCAUUACCUUCAGGCUUUUUGCUGUAAACACUGUCUUUUCAGAGAAAAUGCAGUGUUUACAUUACAGCCUAGUGAUAACUUCACUGGCCACUCCUUAGAUGGCUGUUAUAGAACCUUCCUGGGUCAUGGCUGCCUAAAAUGCAUCCAAACAUUCAGUGUCUCCUCCCUCUGCAUGCAGACACUGAACUUUUCCUCAUAGAGAUUCAUUGAUUCAAUUCAUCUCUAUGAGGAGAUGCUGAUUAGCCAGGGCUGUGUUUAAUUAAGCUGGCUCUUCCCCUGAUCUGCCUCUUUGUCAGUCUCAGCCAAUCCUAUGGGGAAGCACUGUGAUUGGAUCAGGCUACUACUUCUGAUGAUGUCAGCAGACAGCAUGUUUUUCUGAGUCAAACAGCAUGCAGAGUUACAGCUUCAGGCUUGAAUACAAGUAAGAUUUUGCUAUAUUUAUGGGACAUGAGGAGCCCAGGGGGGCUAGAUGGAAGUUUUAACACUAUAGGGUCAGGAAUACAUGUUUGUGUUACUGACCCUAUAGUGAUCCUUUUAAACUUAUUUUGGAUCCACGAGGGGGACUUCACCCUCUAAUGUUAGAAGACCGACUUUGUCUGAUGACUUGGAUGCUUUCCAAGGUUCCUGGCAUGUCAGCAGAUUAUCACAGGCAGCGCAGCUGAAGAUCUACUAUGGGACUUGUGGGCUCUAGGUACAAAACGUAGUUACCUGUCCGCUUGGAGUUCCUAGACUCGCUGAUGUGUUGACUGGGAUCAUGAUCCCUUCACUGCCCCUAUCACUGCCAUACUGAACUUUCUGUUGACUAUUCCAUUGGGCGUUCCUAUCAGUCAAUGCAAUGUGUUCUGCCAUCUCUGACGCUCACAUUCUGGUCCAGUGCCUUUCUGUAGGCAGGGGUUCUCUUGUCUGUCAUUUUUAUUGAGUGGUAUACACUUUCAGCGGUCCCUGGGUCCCAAAUAUGCUUCUCUUUGGGACAUUUUAGCCAUGACUUGCCUGUUAAUGAGAAUCUGUCUCUACACCAGUUAUCCUCAAAGAUUAUGCCUCUUUUGUGCUUAGUGUUCCAUCUGAUCUUCCAGAGGGUAUAUUCUGUUCCUGUGUUUUGCAUUGGAAAGAGUUUUGCCUCACAUUUGCUUGUUUUUGAUUGGUUCUUUGUUUAUUUGUGUAGUUUUUCCUUUUCUACUAUGGCGUUCAGUAAAGAUAUGUAACAUAUUUUCCUCCUGUCAUUUUUUUUAAGGUUAUAAGCACACUAAAGCUAGCAUAAUCUUCAAUUGGAAUUCAGCAUGAUAAAACUAAUUUGUACAUAUAUAUGUAUUUAUCAAUCCAUUACCAAGUCAAACCAUAAUAAAUGUGGUAGUAAUGAAUUACUAUUACAAUUUUUGUGACAUUGCUUAGAAACACAAUAUUUUUUUGUUCUCCUCCUUUUGUAGAAACCUGCUAAUAUUUUAGUAAUGGGUGAAGGUCCAGAACGAGGAAGAGUAAAAAUAGGUUUGUACCUUUUAUGCAUUGAAAACUUUUUUUUUUUUUUUGUUCUCUGUAAUACAGAAAAGUGCUCUGUAGAAGAUCGUGAAGGAUAUCUUAUGUCUGUGCAGAAUGCUCACGUGUGAUUGUCUAUACGAGGUGAUCUGUUAAAAGGGAGGACUCUGCAGUAGAGAUGCUGGUUGUGUCCUCAUAUACCAUACUUAAAAUGUACAUGUAGUCCCUAUUUUAUUUAACGGUGUUGAAAAUAUCUAAUUAAAGUAACCAAUAACAUUUCCACUGUAACGGGGUAUGAUUAGUUUUUCUCUCUUACAUUUGAUAUCAAGUGCUUAAUGGCAUGUAUUAUGCUUAGUAUAGGUAGUACUAAGAUAGCCUGUUCUAGAUCAGGUAUGCCAUUUUAACCCCAUUGAGACCAGUAUUUGCAUGUUUUGUGAGGUUUUAAUUGAGUCACUUAUCUUUAACAUUGACUUUAAAAUUUGGCAAACUUUUUUUUUUUUUUUGAUUUGUGUUCUUAAAAAAAAAAAAAAAAGUAAAAUAAUGGACACGGUCAGUGUCACUUGGAAAGUUAAAUAGGCCACACUCCCUCUGAAGCAUUCAACUGAUAGAAUUGGCUUCUGUAAUUCUAUCUGAGGAAGCUGGUUUCUGCUUACCUACAUUGAGUUAAAGGAACACUGUAGUGUUGGGAAUACAAAUACGUUUUCCUAACGCAGUAGGGUUCUUCUCUCUAUCUAGACGGUUAGGCCCACCUUGUAAGCAGUUUACUUAUCUUAACCUGUGGCAAGCUUGUCUCACCACAGUCUCCCUGCCUUCUUUUUAGAGAUCAUCAGUAAUGAUGAUCUCAGCCAAUGCAAUGCAUCCCCAUAGGGAAGUAUUGGGAGGCUAGUGCACAAGCACCAAUCAAAUGCAGUUUAGGAAAUUGCCUCUAAUGGCUGUCAGGAUAAUGACCCCUAUGGGCAUGUUAUCCUUGCAAUCAUAAUAUUGCCGUAGCAACAAAAUAUCAAAGUUUGUUUAAAUUGCACGGGGUAAACUAAAGGGACACUGCACACAAACCACUCCAUUGCACCUUUACAGUAAAUUCUAUGUAAAAGCCUCUCCUAAAUAGAACACUCCUGCAAGGUGUAGCAUAUUGCUCCAGUGUAGUUACCUUAUUUAAUCACAUGAUGGCUAUGAAGUUUGAAAGAGUGUGUCCUUAGUUAAGAGCAUUUUAUAAGACUGCAGCUCUGACACUUUGUGAAAGCCACAAUGCAGCCUCUUAGGGAAGGACCUUAUUCAGUCCAUUAUCAAGUCCCUUUAGUAUAUUUUACUUUAUUAUUUAUUCCCCCCCUCCCUCCCCUCCCCAUAUGAAUCCUAUAAAAGUGUGUGUGUGGCUUGUUUUUUUUGUGUGUUUUGCCUUUUUAAAGACUUACACUUUCUUUUUUGUUUUGCAGCGGACAUGGGAUUUGCCCGGUUAUUUAAUUCACCUUUAAAGCCUUUAGCAGAUUUAGAUCCUGUAGUUGUUACAUUCUGGUAUCGGGCUCCAGAAUUACUACUAGGAGCAAGGCAUUAUACCAAAGCUAUUGGUGAGUAUAGCAAAAUGCUAUGGUACGGUUUCCUUUUUUGAAUAAGCUGAUUAAAAAUCUUUAUGGUUUUCCAUUGCUCUGUUUUAGAGAAAUCUUCAAUCUAGAUUUUGGCUGUGUUUAUUUUAUUUUUAUUUAUUUUUUUGUUCUUUCUGGUGAGAUUUCUGCACAGAAAUAGUUUUAUUCACUAAACCGUGAAUUGAAAAACAAAUGUCAGACCAAAAUAACCAAGCUGUGACUGUAUAUAUGCUUGAGUAUCUUUAAACAAUUUGCUAUUUUUGCUUAAAUUGUCAUGUUCAGGAUUCAAAUCACCACAAUUCCCCAUAAAGUAAAAUCUCUUAACAGCAACACUCAAAAUUGCCUGAAACUCCGACUCAUACCCUGCUCCCAAUGUAGAGUAAACACAGCUGUGCUUAGUUUGUUUUUUAAUGUUGUUUUGUUGUCAUCAUUUGUGCUUUGAUAUAAAAUGUUUCACUUGCUAUUGAGUCUCCAUGAACAGUGACCAUAAAAUAAAUCUAAUCCAAGCUAUGUACACCACUCUUUGUUUUCUUUUGCAAGAUAUUUGGGCUAUAGGAUGUAUAUUUGCAGAGCUGUUAACGUCAGAGCCAAUUUUUCAUUGUCGGCAAGAGGACAUCAAGACUAGUAAUCCUUAUCAUCACGACCAGCUGGAUAGAAUUUUUAAUGUCAUGGGAUUUCCUGCAGGUACAGAUUUCCACAGAACAUUUGUAUUUACUUUGCUGGCUUUGGAGAGGUGUUCAGCUAGAAUCUAGCUUUGGUUUCUCACCCUUUUCAUAUUGUCCCAAAUUACAUGUGUGGCAUUGGCUUUUGACUUUUCCUAUGGUUUAUCUCUGUGACACAUACGUAACAAUCCUUUUCUUGUACAUUAUAAUAGCAAAAUGUAAAUUUGCAAACGCAUCUUCAUUACACCGUCCCCAGUGUCAGAGGAAUCUCCAUUUUACGGAGGAAGGCUGUGCUACUACAGUAACUGGACUAUACGUUUCUCUCUCUGAUCUAAAUACUUUUUUCUUUUUCUUUUUAUAUUGCAUUUAAAAAAAACACACAAUUAGAUAAAGAUUGGGAAGACAUUAAAAAGAUGCCCGAGCACUCAACUCUAAUGAAAGAUUUUCGUCGAAAUACGUAAGUCCUGUAGCUCAAAACUCUUUCCUUGUUCAUACAUGGAGCUUCAUUUGUAGUUAAACGGUGGUGUGUUACUUUGUAUGAAAAUAUAAAUGUUUUGGCAGUGAUUUGUUUAACAUUUAUACAUAAUGUAUAUUGUUUUUGUUUGUUUUUUUUCCUCUGCAGACUUUGUUUUUGCUUUACUUUUUGUUUUUAACUUUGUCUUCUCAAUAUUUUGUGAAAUAUACUUCUUUAUCAUGGAUAUUCUGAUAGAAGUAUUCUUCACGCUUGGUUUUCUUUUUAAAAUUAACUUUUUCAUUACCGUCUGCUACUUCAUGGAAAAUUAUGGUCAACAUAACUUAUUUAUAAGAGUCAAACGUAGGGUAUAUCGUAAAUGAAGGCUCUGUUUUAGGGAAGUGUCUCUAGGUGUUUGGGUACAGUAACGUGAUUGUAUGCACUUUUUUAUUUUGUUUUUUCUUUAGUUAUCACGUACACUACUGAAUUUAAUUUGUUAUAUAUAAUGCAUGGUUUAAGGUUUAUACAUACACAUGUUUAAAGGUUUCUUUAAAACAUUGGUUUUGAUUAAAGGGACACUAUAGUCGCCUGAACAACUUUAGCUUAAUGAAGCAGUGUUGGUGUAUAGAACAUGCCCCUGCAGCCUCACUGCUCAGUUCUCUGCCAUUUAGGAGUUAAAUCCCUUUGUUUAUGAUCCCUAGUCACACCUCCCUGCAUGUGACUUGCACAGCCUUCAUAAACACUUCCUGCAAAGAGUCAUCUAAUGUUUAUCCUUCCUUUGUUGCAAGUUCUGUUUAAUUUAGAUUUUCUUAUCCCCUGCUAUGUUAAUAGCUUUCUAGAUCCCGUAAGAGCCUCUAGUAUGUGAUUAAAGUUCAAUUUAGAGAUUGAGAUACAAUUAUUUUAGGUAAAUUACAUCUGUUUGAAAGUGAAACCAUUUUUUUUUUCAUGCAGGCUUUGUCAAUCAUAGCCAGGGGAGGUGUGAAUGAUCUAUACACUAAAACUGCUUUAUUUAGCUAAAGUAAUUAAGGUGACUAUAGUGUUCCUUUAAAUUAUUCAUUCAAGAGGUUUUUUAAAAUAGGAAUAGAUUGUGUAUUACAAAUAACCCAUUACUGUGUUAUUCAAUAUAUUGAAACCUAGUGGAUAUUCUGUAUCGCAUUUAUACUAUGUUCACCAUGUAUAUGUAAAUGUGUAUGUAUGUUGAGCUGGCAGGAUACAGUACCUUCAGAGCAUUAUUCUUUGUUGCUAUAUAUUUAAUUUGGGGAAAAAAUAACCGAUUACUACUUUACCACUGAGGUGUUUUUUUUUUGGUUUUUUUUUUUUGUCUUGUAUGAUUUUGACCAUAUCUUUUAUGUUCUAGGUAUACCAACUGCAGCCUUAUUAAAUAUAUGGAAAAGCAUAAAGUGAAACCAGAUAGCAAAACAUUCCACUUGGUAAGCUCAGCCGUGUGGAGUUCACUUGUAAUGUGAAUAUUGUAGUCUAGCUCCAUUGCUAUAAUCUGUAGUGCCAUAUGCUCACCAUGAUAUUUAUAUUGACCACUUAUAGAGAAGAAAAUGAGAAGUGUAGAUUGCCACCAAAUAUACACUGAUCAGCCACAACAUUAAAACCACAGGUGUCGUGAGUAACAUUGAUUAUAUCAUUGCAAUAGCGCCUGUCAAAGGUUGGGAUAUAUUAGGCAGCAAGCGAACAGACCUUUAAUUUCAUGUGUUCGAAACAGGGAAAAUGGGCAAGCAAAAAGAUCUGAGUGACUUUGACAAGGGCCAAACAGUAAUGGGUAGACAACCGAGGUUAGAGCUUCUCUAAAAUCGCAAGUCUUGUGGAGUGUUCCUGGUAUGAAGUGGUGCAAGGAGGGACAACUGGUUAACCUGAGUUAGGGUCUUGUGCGCCCAAGGCUUGUUGGUGCAUGUGGGGUGCAAAGGCUAGCCCAUCUGGUUUAUUCACACAAAAGAGCUACUGUAGUUCAAAUUGCUAAAAAACAUAAUGUUGGCUAUGAUAGAAGGGUGUCAGAACACACAGUGCAUCGCAGAUUGUCAAAGUGCCCAUGAUGACACCUGUCCAUCGCCAAAAGCGCCUUAAAUGGGAAUGUGGGUGUUAAAACCAGGGCCGUCUUUAACACUGGGCAAAAGGGCAACUGCCCCUGGCCCACUCAGUCUUAGGGGGCCCAAAGCAUCUGCCCUUAUAGUCAUCGGGCCGCCAUGGUGCGUGCGGUCUGCGUGGAACUACCACCGCGGUCCUCUCGAUGUGGAGGCUCAUCAGGUGGCCAGUGCUCUAAGGGCCAUCCGAUGGUGAUGUAUUUUCAGGGGCCCGGCUGCUUUGAGAGUGGGACCGGGCCCCCUGUGAUGAUGUCAGGAUGCUGGGAGGAAGUGACAGCCGGUCACUUCCUCCCAGCAUUCAUGAGCACCUCACGGGAGGAGGAGAAGAAAAGGAGAGGAGUUGGGGCACUGACUCCAAUCAGCCUUAGCCAACCUCCUGCACUCCAAAGGUAGGAAACACAUAAAAAAAUGUGCAUGUAUGUGUCUGUUUGUAUGUAUGUAUGUGUCUGUCUGUGUGUGUGUAUGUAUGUAUGUAUGUCUGUGUCUGUUUGUGUGUGUGUGUUUCUGUAUCUCCAUGUGUCUCUGUGACCCUGUAUAUCCGGAUGUGUUUCUGUGUGUGUGUGUUUAUAUGUGUAUAUGUUUGUAUUUGUAUCUGUGUGUAUGUUUGUAUGUGUCUGCAUGUCUUCAUAUCUGCAUGUGUGACUCUUGAGGGGUUCCAUGGAUUUUGGGGGUACUUUUGGGGUGUUGACAUUUUUAUUUUUAUUUUUCUGUACCUGGAGAUUAUUUUGAGUUUCUCCAGUUCCUGACUCUACUAUCUAUCCGGCACAGGGGAGGAGUUUACUGUGUGUAUAAAUUCUGAAGCUUUGCCUGGAUUAAACCGUUCUACUCCCAGCAUUCAGUCUCGACUAAUGUGUGGGGGGAAAGGCGAUACCAGUGAUUACUUUUGAGUGUUUUAUGAGAGCUACGUUAUUUUAGGGAAAGGGAACCCAUGGUGGCGAUAUAUUGGUGGUCCGCCACAGUGUGGUUAUGUGGGUAUUUAAGUAAGUUACUUUUGCAGAGGAAAGAGCCAAGCUUUAAGAGCACAGCAUAAAGUCAUAGUAGAGAGAGUAAGAUGCGGCUGAGACUUCCUCCUGCAGAGUUCAGCAGUUCUGGAGCAUUUUUGGAGGCAUUAAGUCAACUUUGUGUGCCAAGGUUAUAGUUGGGGCGCUUGCUGUGUUUAAGUAUAGGAGGUGCCAUGAUGUCUAGUUGAGCGGAGAGGGUGGAAUUGUAGAAGGAGACUGCAGAGUUAGGACAAGUGAGGUUAGUGGAGAAGCGCUCUAGGUCAAGACAUUGGAGUUUUCUGUUAUAUUGAUGUGCCAAGGGUGGUGUCAGUUGGGUCCUGGGUGUACUGAGGUCAAGUCAGCAGAUGGUCAGAUAGAGGAAAAGGAAUAUUGGAGAGAUUAAAGGCGGUACAGAGAUUGGUGAAGGCGAGAUAAAGAGUUUCCUGCUGUGUAGGUUUCUGAAUUAGACCAUUGUGUGAGGCCAAAGGAGGAGGUUACAGAGAGCAGACGAGAGGCAUCAGUGCAGUUGGGGUUGUUGAUUGGGAUAUUGAAAUCCCCAAGUAUAAGGGAAGGAGUGCUAGCGGAGAGGAAGUGAGGUAGCUGGGAAGAAAAGUGCUCAACAAAUAGCCUAGGAUGACCAGGGUGGCGGUAGAUGAUAGCAAUUCUUAAAGGAGUGGGUUUAAAUAGACGGACAGUGUGAACUUCAAAGGAAAUAAAGGAUAGGGCAGGGGGAGAUUGGUUGAAAGGUACAUUGAGGGGAGAGAAGGAUGUCUAUACCACCUCCUUUACGGUUGUUCGGUCUGGGAGCGUGGGAGAAUUGUAGCCCACCAAAACAUAUAAAAAGGCAGGAGUAGCACUAUCGAAGGAGGAAAGCCAGGUCUCUGUGAGUGCUAGUAUUGUGAGUGAGUUUCAGAUGAAAAGGUAGUGUAUGGCUGUUGAUAUCCGGUUGCUAAAGACAGAGCAGACGUUCCAGAGUGCACACUGAAUGUUGGCAAAUGACAGUAAACGGCAUGGUAUUGUGAUUAGGUUUAUAUAAAGGUACCAUUCCACGUAAAUAUCUGAUACAUCACAGGAAACUUUGAUAACAUACAAAUGUGAAGUCCUCUUUUAAACAAUUAUAUGAAAUACCUCCUCUCAUUGGCCGCAAUCAAUAAGAUAUUAUUUUCUCCUGUUUUAAGCUUCAAAAGCUGCUCACAAUGGACCCAAUAAAGAGAAUUUCUUCAGAGCAAGCUAUGCAGGAUCCAUAUUUCCUAGAAGACCCACUUCCAACUUCAGAGUAAGUAAUGUAGUCCUUUGCUACUAGCUAGGUCUUCAGGGUUCUUGCUAGUGCAAGCCAUAAUAUACCCUCCAGCUGUGAAUCCUUGCUCGCCACAGUUUAAAAUAUAUGUAGGUAUAUAAUAUUUUAUUAUUUUUCUCUUUGCUAACAGUAGUAUGUCUCAUAACAUUACUUAUACCGGUAGAUGAUAUUGAGGAUUUCACAGUAUAACCUGUAAAUAUGUCAUGAUUUCCUUUUUAUAGUUGUGUGUGUGAGGCUAUAAUCAGAGUUUCAAAAAGUCAGCAGACGUAACUCUAGUCAUUGUUGGUUCAAAUGGUUCAUAUAUUUUUACAAUUCCAUAUUAUUAAUUCCUGUAAAAAUAGAAUGUUCUUAAGCAUUUAGUUUUUUCUCUUAAUUGUUUAGAUAUAGCUUUUUCUAAAACUGUGGUUAAAUUGAAAAGGGCUAUUUUUAUUUUAUUUUUUUUUAAGCGUGGUGCAGCAUUAAGCUUUAUUUCUUAAUUGGACCAGAAUUGACCAGUCUCUCCUUUUGGUAGCGUCUUUGCAGGUUGUCAAAUACCUUACCCUAAGCGGGAGUUCCUGACAGAAGAGGAACCUGAUGACAAGGGAGACAAAGUAUGUUUAAUAUUGUUAUUCAACUACAAGGGAGCACUCACCCUUUAUACUUUAUCUCUGAAUUACAUAUCUCUGAUCCUUUAACGUGAUCCCUUUUUCGAUGUUCAAUAAAUAGAAUUGGGUUCCUAUUCUAGAACCAUAACGCAUCUACAUGAAGCUCAAGAGUCCUUGUUAGAAAUACAUAAGAAUGUGACAUCAUAAAUAUGAAUUGAAUUUACAGUUUAAUGUUGGUUUGGUGCUAGUUGGAGCUCUUGCUGCUUCCUGCUGAUCCUAUUCAGGGUAAACCUACAUUUAAUGCAUAAAAAAUUGAUGGCAUCUACUUCUGAAGACCUUCAGAUUACUACUCUUGGUCUUGUUCCAUAUGGUGUAGAUCACUCUUCAGCCUUUGUUGGGGCAGACAAUUUAAGUUUGUUGCUCAUAUCCUUACUCUUCACUUAUUUCAUUGUUUUCUCCAGAAUUACAACUAUGUAGGAUUAUACAAAAUUAAAAAAUGUCUAGGAGAGCAGCCAACGUAAGAUGUGUUGGUGGAUAGGUCUUGUCUAAUGUAAUGUACUCUCUUCUCUUUUCCUUGUUAAAGAAAAACCAACAGCAGCAGCAAGGCAAUAACCAUACUAAUGGAACUGGACAUCCAGGAAAUCAAGAUAACAGCCACACACAAGGACCACCGCUGAAGAAAGUGAGAGUUGUUCCUCCGACGACUACCUCAGGUGGACUUAUUAUGACCUCAGAUUAUCAGGUAGAUGUGCACUAGCUGUCAUUGGACUGGUUUGGAAUUGCCUGGUGAUAUUAAUACUUUCCUUGUACAGUUUGUACUCCAUUACAAAUAAACAUUUAGAAAGAUUCAUUGAUCGUAAUAUGUAUGGCAGUGUUACAGCAUGCCAUUAGCCACAUAUGCCACUUAUUUGCUUUUCUGUGACUUUUAACCCCUUAAGGACACAUGACAUGUGUGACGUGUUAUGAUUCCCUUUUAUUCCAGAAGUUUGGUCCUUAAGGGGUUAAUGUAUUUAUCAGUAUGAAAUGAUAAAAGAAGAAUGUUAACUCUGUUCCAUAGGCAAACACGCUCACGUUUGUCUCUUUGAACUUUCAGCGUUCCAAUCCACAUGCUGCCUAUCCAAACCCUGGACCGAGCACAUCCCAACCUCAGAGCAGCAUGGGAUAUUCCACUACCUCCCAGCAGCCUCCACAGUACUCACACCAGACGCAUCGGUACUGACCUGUACCAGACAAAUGUGAAUGCACUGUUGCUUAGGCUGCAGGACAUGAGCAUGUAGCUGUCUGCCUGAAGCCUGGCAUUUUAAUGUACUGUACAACCACACCUUCAAAAUGUCCAGCAGCCAACGUACACAACAUUUGACCGAAUGUAGAUCCCAUGUGGAGGUUAAACUUGAGAGAGUGCUAUCACAAUUGGUGUUGUGUAUUUGCUACUUCCAUAGUUUACUUGAAAUGGUUCAAAUUGACCAAUGCAUUUCUUUCAGUGAUGGUAGCAGUUGAAGCUGUGAAGUAUGCUAGGAGCAAACCAAUAUUUUAUUUUAAUUUUUUCCUUCCUUUCUUGUGUGUGAUGACUUUAAAACAAUAUUGUCUGACCAAUAGAAAUCUAAGAUUUUUUUUUACUGGUAAACCAUCACACAAACUUUUUUUUUUUUCUUCCAACAUGCUGGAUAAGAUUGUCAUUCCAUUCAGUGUUUGUUUUGGGAUUUCUUAUUCAGCCAAUUUGUUACACAUCAAAUUGUCGUUGUUUCUCCACCCCCCUCAACAAAAAUGUACAAAAAAAUAAAUAAAAAAAAGCUCAGCAUUUUGCCUUUUUUUUUUUUCCUUUGUAAGCCUCCCAAAGAUUAUAUUUCAGCAUAGGUUUUUUUUUAGUAAAUCUUUAACUUGACUGAUAUUAAAGCUGCUAUCCUAUAGUAAAUGUUUGUUUGAUAUUGAUAUGAAUGUUUGCUUCAGCAAACGCAUUAAACUGGUUUGUCAUUGACAAUUUCUUUUUACUUUAUUUUUUUUUUUUGUUUUAUGCCACAAUUCUCAUUUUAGGUGUUGCUGAGUUGUGAGCAUGCUAUGGGGUUUUAACAAAACCAUAACCGCCAGAUAUACAGCAUGAGAGAACAGCCUCAUGAGUUUGUGCAUCUGUUAAGAUGUUGAUUUUAGGGAAGCUGGCUCAGUGUAGUAGAUUUCAGUUCAUUUCAUGUUUCAUUGUUUUGUUUUUGCUUUCGUUUGCCAGCACCUUAUAUAGGGUUGCUCUUGUUACAGCGGAAAAUUAAGCGGUAGGAAAGCCUUAGAAUUUACAAGGAAACAAACCUGUAACAUUACAAUGUACUGUAUCAAACUAUUUUACAUGGAAGACAAGUAUUCUGAUUUAAAGAAAAAACAACAUUGUUAAAGCAAGGUGUUAAGUAAUAAAUUUAUUUUUCAUAAAACAAAA